UCUAGAAGAGACGCAGCUCCUCGCGCAUGUUAUCCAGAGGACGUUCUCACUGCGCGCGACAACCAAAAGCCCCCAAAGGCACAACAGCGAGUCGACGUGACAACCUCGUCAUUGCAUUUUUGCAUUAGAGUGAAAACAGACCCAGGUUUCUCCGUUUAUCGCUAUUGAUAAAAUCAAAAACAAAUAAACCCACUUUUCAGUCACAUAUACCGCUCUAUUAUAAGUUCACGCUUGUCUCAAUGGCAAUCCCUCAUAUUAUGGUCCAUCGCAGGAGCUGUUUUUCAUUAGCUCCUCUUUCCGCUAGAUGUCAGCAUUGUCAAUAUUUUAACACCGUUGGCUCCAGAAUUGAAAGCAGAUGUUUCAAAAAUGAAAACAAAGACCACCAAAUACUUGACACAAAAUGGGUUCACCAGCAGAGCAAGGAAACAACAAAUACUCCCCAAGCUGUCACAACAUGGAAGGAGACGAAGUGAUGGUAUAAGAGCAACUUUGGUGAAAUCAGACUCUAGAACAUGGUCUAAACAUAUAUAGCUACAUAGAGAUAGCUGUUGUGACUGUCAAUGCUAUAAUGACUUUUUGAUUUGCAAAAGAAUAAAAAAAACAGACAAGGAGCAAGUUAUUGAAAUUUAUGUAUUGGAUAUACUUCAAAUAACUAUUCCUUAUCAUAUAUGGAUAUGACAAUCACACGUAUACAAUGUAUAUACAUAUAAUGUCCACUUGAGGUUGUGUUUACCAUGUACAAAUACAUACAGCAUAUUUGUGUUAACUGAUUAAUGUAAUAUUUUUAUCAUCAUACCGUUAUUAUACAGUGAUACCACCUCUUUUAUUGUCCUCUGUUAUGUAUACACACACACACACACACACACACACACACACACACACACACACACACACACACACACACACACACACACACACACACAUAUAUAUAUAUAUAUAUAUAUAUAUAUCAUACAUACUGUAUUGAACAAUGGCAUUCUAUAACGUACAUACUGUAACAAACCAUGUUACAAAAAUGUAUAUUUCCCUGUUUUCCUUGUUUUCACAUUACUUAUUGCAAAUCUACAUUGAAUCUUUGACUAUCACAACUUGACAUUGCAUAUUAUUGUCUACUUUAUACGUUAUAUCACAAUUUAUGCCACCUUUGGGUGAGCUCAUACCCUUUUACUUUAUUUCAUAUCAUUCUCUUAAACCUGACACUUAAAGCAAAGCAUGUUCAGCUGCCUUGUAUAAGUACUGAUCCUAGUUUAGCAUUUUAUUUCUAUUCAUAUUCAUCAUAUUUAUUUAUCUUAUUCUUACAGCAACCUUGCUUGCUUAUCAUGCCUUGUGUUCCUGUGUUGCUGCAGCUGAAAUUCCACUCUGGAACUAUAAAGUAUUAUUAUUUCACCUUUAUGAUCAAGCAUGGAGAGACCUCUGCCUCACAGAAUAAAGCCCUCUAAUAAUAGGCAGACCUAUUAGCAUUUGGCUACUCAUAAUAAUCAUGAAGGAUAAUUGAAGCCAGUUGUAGCCACUGGACCAGUUGUGUGGUGGGUUUGGCAGAGCAGAGGAGCAGACUGACGGGGAGGAGCUCCAGUCGCAGCAGCAGCAGCAGCAGCAGGCAGACCCUCCCAGCACUGGAAGGAAACGGAAACAAGCGUCGUAAACCUUAUGCUAGCAGCUACAUUUAGGCUCCGAGGACGGGGUGUAAGCGACAUCACACACAGUUUGCUGCCUCCUAAGAGGAAACAGGGAGUGGAUAACUACACGACAGGGUUUUUUUGUUACUGUGGUAGCUUUGAAACGGAAUAUCUCGAGUGGUGAGUUCUAUUUAAGCUCUUGCUUUAUCUAAAACUUGUAUUUUCUUUUCACGACGCAGGGCUAGUCAAGUUCAGUAACGUUAGCUGCACUGAGCUAGCAUCAACAGCUUGCGCUGUGAAAAAAAGGUGUUUUCUUCCUUUUUACCAACGUGAAGCUAGCUUGCAGGCCUCGGGUAGUUUUUAAAACCUGGUCCUUGUUAUUGGUUGAAGACUUGUUUCUAUUGUUGUAACUGUAGAUACGCCCGAUGUGGUCAAUUUUAAGGGUUAAGUUUGAAAAUCACACGGCAGCGCAGUUAUUGUUACCCGACCGUUAGCCGGUGUUUCGGUUUAUAAUGUGACCCUGUCAACUGGAGACUGUCGGCCGGAUGCGUGUUUGGUAGUCGCAGUAAAAGCAGAUGUUGAAAACGAAGCAAAUUUGGUUGCCCAUUCUCAUUAACAACACUUGGAUGACGCCUCUCUUCAGCACAGUUGUCAGAUUGUAACUUAAAAAACGUAGAAACAUCGGCGGGGACAGCUUACGUACCUUAUUUUUGUUUGUAAGUCAACAGCAUACGCUACAAGUCGCCAAAUAACAGGGUCACAAGUUACACCGAAACACCAGCGAUGCUAGCAGGAGCGUUCUAGAGCAUUGGACUGUUAGCUGGAACGGAUUCGACGCACAGAAGCUCGCGGAGAACCGUUAAAAUCACAUUCAAAUGGUUCAAACGGCCAUUUAAAACUUUUCCUCGUCGAAAUUAUACUAUGAGGAAAUCAAAUAAAGGCUUUGAAUUAAAGAGGAUAACUGUUGCUGUCUUCUUCUUUUUGGGUUUCAGCUUCUCUUUCUAGUACUUGUGCUACAUAAACGUUACUUAUGAUCCAAAUUAUGUGCUUAGUUGUCUUUCGUAACGUUUUAAAGGCCAUGGAUUUAACUGUUGACAGCUUUAUGAUUGUAAACAAUGGCUGCAGUCACAGUAUAGGACUAACCCCGCCGUUACUGUCAAAUGACUUUUCUAGACGAGGUCUGCUGCAGCUUGUGCUCUAGCUUUUCAAAUUUACAAGGAUUAUUCAACGAGGAAACUAAAUCCAAACGUUUACAUUUGCAUUUUGCCUCUGUUUAUAGUUGUAUUUUUCUGCUGACUGUCAGAUUUAAUGGCUUUAUUCGCCGCUGAGCUCUAUUAGUGUGAACCCCUCAGAUCUACUCGGUGGCACUCGAGCAAACAACUUAAUGAGAUAACGUAGCUUUAUCCAUUUAACUCAGCAACUGUUGCUCCAGCCAGUGUAUCACUGUCGGCUCUGCUUAAUAAGGCUGCUGGCUUAUCUGUGUUUGGGCCAGGUGCUUGGCUGUCAAAUGUGUCUGGAGCGGUUGCCAUUAAUUGUAGUGAACUUUGCACCCACAGUCUCAUUUCCUUUUAUGAACGUCGUCUUGAGAUAGGCCUGGGCGAUUUGCCAAAAAAAAUGAUCACGAUAUAUUUUGUCAUAUCGUCCGAUCUCGAUUAUUAUCACGAGUUUUAAUAACUGCCUGUUUUAAAGCAUCUGUGCUAAACACUCAAGAAACUAGAGAUUAGUUCAACAUUUUAUUAACAUACAAAGUAAAUAACAAAUUGAAUAAGAUACAUUCUAACUCAACAGUAAAUGCGGUGAAUUAGUUUACAGUUCUGAGGGUUUUUGCAGGUAUACAAGACCCCAAAUCGCCCCCUCAGAGAUAAUGAAGAUGCCUUAAAAUGUAAACAUAAAUGAUAUGAUUGAUUGCAGUUUUGGUCUGGUGGCUGCACCGCUAGUUGUGGCUAAACUGCUCAUGCUACUCUCGUGCCGUCAGCAGUGACAGGCUGUGCAGACUCCGCUCGGGAAGUACUUCUUCAAAUGAUUAAACACAUCUGUUGUGUUGCCAGUUUUUGAGGGUACCGAUCUCCGACAUACCUUACACAUUGGCUUAACUGCUUGAUGUCACUUUGGAGAUACCCGAACCUCAGCCACUCAACCGACGUUGAAUAACUUCUCAACAAUAACAUCUUCGGUGGGUGACUCAAAGUCACGGCUGACAUCUAUUUUGCUGCCCUCAGCUCCGCGUUUAGCUCCACGCUCGGUCAUUCGGUUUACUUCUCCGACAACUUACAAAAGUGAGCAAGAAAAGCUUGACUCUGAUAGGCUGUUGUGACGCACACUUCCGCUAUGUUUGAUCGAGUAAAUAUGCUCACAGCUGAUCACCGUGAUCGAAGUAGCAGGUCAUCAUAAGUCUUGACCUCACUUUUGAAUAUGACUUUAUCCAAGUGUAAUAAUAUGUUAUAUUGUUAGAUUAAAAAAGAUGAGAUAUUACCAAGAUUUCCUCCAAGUGAACACAUUGGAGCAAUCAAGUUAUUAAGGUUCAAGCUUAAUGUGAUGUGUCUUAAGUUUCUAUUCGGCUUGUUCUCAUCUAUUUAUAAUUUUUAAACUGUAUCCUAACUCACUUAGCAUCCAUUCUCUUCUACUUGUGAACUAGUUGCUCUAUGCUACAUGUCUGAUCGAGUGCCACAUUGUUUCUUAUUUGCAGGCACCUCACUGUAACCUUUAUGUGAGGUCAAAGCCUUAAAGGAGCGGGUCACAGACGGGAGGAGAGACUCGGGAGAAAAAACAGCAUCUGGCCGCAGAAGCCUGGAUACGUGUUUUUAUUUUUUAUUCAUCCCCCGAAACACAACUACAGCCGAGCAGUUUAUCAGCACGCAACAACAACAACAAACAUGGAGGCCAUUGCCAAAUAUGAUUUCAGAGCCACCGCCGAUGAUGAGCUUAGUUUCAAGCGUGGAGAAAUCCUGAAGGUAAGAGAGGACUAUUCAAAUUUUUAAGGUUGAGACUUGCCUGCAUUACUCAUAAUUAUGCAAUGCCAGGGUUUAUUUCCUGUGUAGUUAAUCAUAAUCUAGCCUGUGUUAAAUCAAAGGGAGAGCAACAGGAGAGAGUGUUUAAGGUGAAUGAUAUAGAUAAUAAUCUGGUUAUAGCUACAGCGUCAUCUGUAUGUCGUACUGUGAUCAAUAUCUUUAUCAUAAAAACUCGAUAUUGUGCAUGUAGAUGGUAGUCCUCACUGUAAACAUGGUAAUUACAUCAGCAUAACAUCAGCAUAACAACAAGGCUGCCUUAGAUACUGCUGUUUGUUGUUUGAUUGUGACUGCAGAAGGCCCAGAUGAUAAAAGAGGCUAAAGAUGUGGCUUUUUGUUCCAUUAUAAACUAUCUAAAGUGCUCUCUGUGAAACCCAGCUCCCCGCCAUGAGAGGCUUAUUCAAAGCCUUGUGCUCUCUGGUUGCCUGAAAAACAUUUGUGUCACUCACGACCUUGAUGAGAUAGCCAAGAUAUUAGGAAGUACAUACAGCAAUUUUCUGGGAAGCGAUUCUCUUUGGAUUUAAACGCAAUCACCAUAAUCCCUCUGUUUGUGGUCAUGACAGGAAGAGGCGACAGUGCAGGGAAAAUUAUACACAAACCUUCAUAUCUCCUUUUUGUUUGCAAAAACGUUUGGGUUUAACAUCCCUUCUAUCAUGUGUGACUUUGAGAACUUCUGUUUCUUUACUGUGGCUUUCAGGUCAGUCUUUAUUUUACCAAAAUAAAUGCCUACAGUGAAGAUAGUUCCCAGAAACUGUUUGCACAAGCUGCAGGCUGAUAACAGAAUGAAUAGCCUCUUUGUAAAAGAUACAUUUUUAAAGGAUCACACAGUUCUGUGUAUUUUCAGUGUAACCUGUCGCCCUGUUUUUGAUCAUAACAGUAAACUGUUUUUACGGGCAACAUCUUGCUUGCCAUACAUGCCGGUUGAUUGAAACUGAUAGGGUGUUACUGAUGGUGCACAUCUUUUAUGUGCCUGAUAAUAGUCAGUUCAUUGGCUACCUGAUUUAAUUAUACUCAUAACAUUAAAAUGAAUACGCUUUAUUAUUGUGGCCAGGGUAAGGGCUAUUAAUUCCGACUGUAGAAUGGAUCAAGGUUGAUAUCAACAGAAGAGUGCCUGUCAUGUAGCAAUGUUGUUUUUUUAGAUUUUUGGCUAGAAGUUGUUUCAGCUUAUCCCAUGUGUGGGAAUUAAAAGUGACAAGGGGCAUGUGCCGGAGCUCCAAAUGUCUUGUUGUAAAACAAACUACACGAUUCAUGAUUAAAAUCACUGAGUCUGUUGUCACAGACUUUCCUAUGCAGCUUUAUUGAGGCUGUGUCUGAAUUAUAGUGUUUACCUUGGUUCUAGCAAUUCCUAAAGAUGGCCAAAACCUUCGUUCUCUACCAAAGUGUUGACUUCAACCACUUUCUUUUUCAUUAUUUUAGGCAUUUUUGCUCUUUUAAGGAUAUUCAUCCUUCCUCUUGAUGUCCAGGCUUUGUCUUGGCACGGCAGUAUUUUCCUCUCUUGCUUUGGUGAACAUACUAUGUUCCAUUGCAUGUUCAGUUUUCAGAUGUUGUGCCAAACUGGUAGUGUAACUGAGUGGUCUGGGUUUGCCUCGCAGUAGAUGCUUGAUUAGAAAUUAAUAAGUUGGACUUUGAUUGAUGCAGAAAUUUAAGCCAUGGCUUUGAUUUUUUUGCACAGACACACGGACAGCCAGCCAGACUAUGACAGCAGCAACUGCAUUAUGGCAGCUUAGAAACUCUUCAGGGACAGCUCUACUACCACAGCUGUUGUAAAUAGUAAAGGUCCUUACACACCGGGGUCGACGCGAAUAUAGAACGCGAAAUUACGAAAUAUUCGGAGGUGACUUUUGACGUGCCUGACUAUACACAUCAAGCCCGAUGUGAUUUUGCAACUCUCUGGGGGGAAAAGACGCAUCCCGGGGAAGACCUUUCCCAGGGAAAGCCCCCCCUCCUUCGCCUCUGAUUGGCUAGAAAAGCUGGAAAUGUCAUCACACGCUCAGGCCAAACGGUCAGCACUUAUCCUUCCCCUACCAUCCUACAGCAUCCCGGGUGGAAGCGAGAGGACAAAAAUGGAGUCUACUUCAAGUGAUGGCGAAUUGGUCCUCCUUUUGUUUUCUCAAAAGAAAAAGAAACAUAGCACGUGGAUGCAUCCAAUAUUACAAAAAAGAAGAGAACUUUGUGAGUUUCACUGCUUGGUUCAGGAGACGGCUUUCUGUCAUGAUAGCAUGUACUGAGUCGGGGCCAGUACCAGAUAAGCAUGUGAAACUAUGGUAACAACCGUUAGCGUACGUUAGCACAGAUGAAAGUUAAAACAAAGACGAUUAGCAAACUGUUAAAGCACACAAAACAUCGUCAUAUGAGAAAUCCGAGGCUAUGACUCUCCAUAAGUUGUCCUUCAGGUCGUUAUCUUUGUAUUGUGUGUGUAGACGAUCAUAAACAAUCAGCCGGUCGGCCAUGUUAGAUAUACCGGUGAAUCUGACGUGGCAACAACACGAAAUCUGAUUGGUCAGAAGUGGACACACAGUAUACGAAACUUACGAAAAAUCGACCAUGAUCCGAAAAAAUAAAUGCUGCAAAAUCGCAGGACGGGAAAACGUUGCUGAUGUGAACGCUUGUAUUGACAGGAUAUGAGUUCGAUAAUCACACGACAAAAACGGUCCCGGUGUGAAAGGACCUUAAGGUUCAGAUUAUCAGAUUUAAUUGCCAAUACCUGAUAAAUUAAAGAUUCCCCAGAUUAUCUCUGAGCUAUCUUUUAGAAAAUCAAACAUAUCAAACAACAUCCUUUAGGUAUCUACCGUCUUGACUUUAUAGAGCCAAUAAUUAAUCUUUUUAGGUAAAAAAUAUCAAGCUGGUUAAUGGAUAACAGAACCAGACUCUACAACUAUUGCAAACCAGAAGUGAGCCGUUAACAAACAUCCUCUGAAUACUUUUACUGUAAGAGUAUUUCCCCUAAACCCCGAUGAUAGAAAGACCCUCAACUCAAGAGGGUCUUUCUAUCAGUGUGUUCAUGUACCUUCUGCUGUCAUAUAAUGUUACGUGUAAAUGUUGUAUAAGAGUCUGUCCUGGAUGAGUUGGCUGUUCUAUCAGAGCAUGAGUGCUGUUUUUUUUUUUUUUCCAGUGAAAAAGAGAUUGAAUUUAGAAAAGACUUCUUAUCUCAGCGGGAGGGCCCAGAGAGGGGGGUAGCUUAGGAAAGACUGAGCUUAAUAUGAGUUCUUAUUAAAUUUGCAUAUGAGGAAAAAAAGUGCUGUACUUCCCCUCUCAUUUCAACGGUGAGCUGUCGGGUUUGUAAAAUGUCAACUUUUGAGGAGAUGGCAAAGUUCCUGCCAUGAUGAAAAUGACAAACCUCGCAUUAUUAUUUUUUUCUCCGGUUGAUACCUUUUUGCAAAAAUGGAUUUAGGUGGUUGAGACUGAACUGACAGUAUUCUGGGAUAUAACUUGUCUGGUAUCUCAAGACUUGCAGCUUAAUUUUUGAAAGCUUAUAUAUAACUUCUCAGUUCCUCAUGUGCUGAGCAUGACAUUGCUCUCAAUUCCUUUUAGUGAGAUGCUCUAAAGGCGUUUUCUACCUAUCUUUUUAGAGGCACUCUCUCUUCCUGAGUUUCUGCACAUGGAGAAAUCAUGAGGCUGGGGUUAAGAGAGUUCAUUUGACAUUAAUGAGCAAAUUUUAUUUUUAAACUUUGUUGUUCACUCUCAGUCUCAUAAAGUUCUUCUUUGAUGCAAUUUAAUAUGGUCAUUGUUGUUGAAAUUUAAACUAUGUUGAAAAAUACACUAAAUGCUAGGGCUGGGUGAUAUUCUUAGCUUUCUGCUUUGAUACCAGCACAGUACCUGGAAGCUUAUUCAGACAAUGUGUUAACAAAAUAAUUUACUCAGGGCAGAAACUGUUUCAAAUAAUAUAUGUGUGCAAGAUAUAUAAAAAAAACAUACGAUAGAAGACUGACUAUAACUGGCCUUUUAGAGUACAUGUUAAAACAUUUGUGUGACUGAAACUGCACCAUAUUAAAAAUCUUGAAGUCAGACUGAAAUAUGUGGAUGAAUGUGGUUGGGGGUCGAUUUUUUUCUGUUGUUGAUGGUCCUGUUUUCUUUUGGAUAUCAUGAAAAAGGUUUAAUAUUAAUUUCGACGUAUUUUGUAAAUGUCAAAAAAACUCCUCACAGGAGCUUUAAUGUGUGGAGGACAAGCAGUGAGGGGCUGAAGAACAUUUUACUCAUGUGGUGAGAUAGAAAUUUGGUUAUCGCCUACAUAGAAAGGGUAAUUGACACGAUGACUAGAGGUAAUCUGUCCGGGUAAAAUAAUAAGUGAGAAGGAAAAAAAACAGCCCCAAGAAAGUCUAUUUUAUAGAUGUCAACAAAUGCCUUCAAUCAAAACUGAAAUUUUCAUACAGCAUCAUAUACAGGAGUUGAUAGUUAACCAGUUACAGUUAGAGUACAUCUGCCUCCCAUAGUCUUGUGACAUCUAGCCAAUCAGAUAGUGCUGUGGGUGGGACAUUUUCUUAGACAGCCCUAAUCUGGCCUUGGUGUUUUACGCAUGCUUCACAGUUCUCAUUCUUGGCUUUGACCUGGAAGAUGAACAGCAAAAAAAAAAAACGUAGAAGGUAGAAAACAAAACCUCAACAGAAGAAGAUAGAGGGAAAUAAACAAGACAAAUCUUUCAUACUUUCUUAAGGCACACAGCUGUAAAUUUGUCACUGUUCUCACCCUCCAGCCUACAACCAGUAUCUUGCUGACUUUUCGUAACACAUCAACUUGAAGGUCCUCCAGUAGCUAGCUGGGAGGGAGCACAUCACCACCUACUGCAGUGGAGGUGGACCUGCCUGUGUCAAUAAAUCAAUUCUCACCCACUGCUUGUUUACCGGGACAAGGAGGACAGUAGUCCAACUACAUUGCCUAAUGGAGCUGUUCCCGUAGCUGGGCUUAACUGUGCAUGUAAGAGCAGUGAUUACUGCACAGACGUGGACGUCAUGUCAGUCAGUGUCACAAAGUACCAUUUCAGCAGCAGUUCCCGCCUGUGAAGCCAGUGUCUUAAUAAUGAUGCUAAUAUAUGAAUAUUGUAACCUCAGUUUUCUCUCCUUCCUCAAGUUUAAAGGUUUCUCUGUCAGGUUAACUUUUAAGUACAAGACUUUAAACGCUGCAGGAAAAUUCUCUCCAGUUUAUUUUUGGACAGAGAAUGAAACAUGAAAUAAAAAGGAAAGCCUGCUUAAGUGUCGCCCCCAGGCCAGUCCACCAUUCAUGUGAAGCAUUUGUCAGCUGCUCUGCUCAAAGACCAGCUCACUUUUUUUUAAUACUGAAUGAAUCGCCUCGACGUUUGUCUGAUACCAUCCCCCUCUUCAUUUCUUUCAUCUUCCUCUGUCCUGUGUUCCUCUUUUUGUGUUUCCCCACAGUGCUCAUACAUUAGUCUGAAGUCUGAGUGUUUCCCCUUAGGUUACGCAUGCAGAACAGGACAGAACAAGCUCCUGUCUUUCACUGACACACGCUGGUACUGAGGUGAACCCACAGAGGACCUUUUUUUUUUAGAUAAAAUACUACAUGUGGUGUAUCAGUAAGGUUUAAAACGUGAAAACUGCACUUCACUAUGAGCUCUAGCUGAGGUUUUUGUCAUAUAUCAAUGCAGCAUCAUUAGUUUUAAUUGUUUAAGUCAUUAUAAGAAGCCAAUACAUAUCACAACUUAUUCCGCAUAUCAAUAGAAUCCCCCAAUUGAGAAAAUCCCCAAAUCAGGAGGGGGAUUUCCACUCCAUUUUAAGAAAUGAAAUUGGGGCCCUGGUUAGCUGUGCCAGCUGCUUCUGUAGCUACUUAACACUCUUCUUCUUCUUCUUCUUUUCAUGCUUCUGCACCACUCUCAAGAAGUGCUUCAGAAAAAUCAACUCACCUCAGGCUCUCUCUCUCUCUCUCUCCUGCUUCACUACCUCACUCUGCACUUUGCACCCUUUGCCUUUUUGACCAGCUUGAUAUUUUAUUAUAUAACAGUUGUUUGAACGUCAAUAACACAAAGCCAAAGCCCUCUCUUGACUUGACAACAUCACACAGAAAGAGAAAAACACCCAGAAGAAAACGGUUUUAACAGCCUGACAACUUGGUUUUAGUGCGAGUCCGUCUGCAUUAUGGCUCCGUGGCAUGUUAAACAAAAGCCGUAAUACAUGUAAAUGAACAAGUUUGUGAGGUGGACUGUGCUCACAGAGGCUCUUUUGCUCCCAUCAGCAGUGCUAUCUAUCCUCUGAUACUAAUACUAAACAGCUCUGCUCUGUGGACAAAGAGUCCCUCUCAUGAGAGAGAAAGACCCUCUUAAGGCUUUGCUCGUAUGAAGCAUCCUUAACCUCUCACCAGUUUCAGUAUCACUGGGAGAUGGUGGCUAAAGACAUUGCAUUAAGUCCUACUUUUAUCCAUGGUUUUCCUCCCUUUAACUCUUUAACACUUUUUGUCAGUAGUUUGGUGUUUUUCUAAACAUUCAAAUGAACUUGAGUUGUUAAACCCAAUAGAUUUGAAUGUAAAUGAAAUGUAACCGGUGUGGUUUGGUUUUCCUGGUGACUCAACAUGGCAUGUACUUGAAAUUGUCACAGCUAUGAUCUACCCCAGCUGUGCAUUAAGCAUCUUAACAUGCUUGAGCUCAUAUGAGGAAGCUCUGGCUUAACGCCACAGUAACGUACUCCUCCUUGAGUCACUUGCAUCCAAGUACGCAUGUAAUCCAGCGUGUUUUUAAACCGUAUUUUAGGGGACUGUGUCAAAAUCCUCAGUUGUCCUUAAAUGUGCUGACUGUUAUCAUGAGUCAAAAUGAGCAGUGAGGUUGGACGAUUACAUAAAGAACAAGCCUGUUGCCCCUGCGUUGAGUAAGAUGGAUGAAACAGCAUGACACAGGAUGAAUAACCAACCAAUUGGCCAACUUAUGAACUAACUACAGAAAUAGACAGGAUAGCUUCUGUCCAUCUUCCCCAUCUCCACCCUCCACAUAACGGUCAUUUCUUCCUUCAGACAACCAGCAUGGUUAUUUAUAAAACAGGUUUCAGCAACAAGGAAACUCAAAGUGUUUGUUUUACAAAACGAAAGCAAAAGGAUAAUUUAUAGAAUGCCACGACUGUUUUUAAACGCAGGCUUUGAAAUUUCCGGACCAUACACUUUCUGGGAGUUAGUUUGAGGAGUCUAAAAUGUAUUAUAAGGAGUAUAAAAACAGAAUAUGACUAUGUGUCAGAACGGCUCAACCAAAACCCAUGAGGCUCAAUACAGUCAAUGAAUUUGGAAUCUGUCGCGCCUCCACAUCUCUCUGCUGUUCAUGCCUGCUUGUGUCGGGCUUUGUGAAAAAUUUCUUCAAAAUGGUGCUCCUUUUAGUUUCCAGUUUUUAAAUAGUCAGCCCUGCCACAAGAGUCAACUUACAUGCAUAUGUUUCACACAGAGACCUACAACAAAUCCUCUUGUACUCAUACUCUUAACCUAGUGGUUCUCAAUCCAGUCCUCGAGCCUCCACUGUCUUGCAUGUUUUGGAUGUUUCCAACACACCUGAUUCAAAUGAUCAGCUCGUUAUUAAGCCAUUACAGAGCUUGAUAACGAGCUGAUCAUUUGAAUCAGGUGUGUUAGAGCAGGGAAACAUCCAAAACAUGCAGGACAGGGGAGGCUCGAGGACUGGACUUGAGAACCACUGUCUUAACAUAACAGGAAGUCCAAUAUUUUGAUUCCAAUUUUUCAACACAACUCAACUUUAUUUGUGAAGCAAACAACCACAGCUGAACAAAGUGCUGUACAUAAAUAGACGAAACAAUGCAGACCUAGAAAAACAAUUAAAACAAUGGAUAAAAAAAGCAGAUAUUAAAAAGUAAAAUAUAGUUUCAAUGUUUUUAAAAAUUAAUUUAAAAACAUAAAAACAAACCAUAAAACACUAAAACAUGAGCAGAGUGUUAUGCAGGGUUGAAAGCCAAUGAAUAAAAAUGGGUUUUAAGACAAGUUUUAAAAAUGGACAGUGUGGGGGCUUGUCUGAUUUGGAGGGGUAGCUCGUUCCAUAAUUUUGGGGCCGCAACAGAAAAAGAUCUAUCCCCUCUGAGCCUCAGUUUGGACCUCGGUACCUCCAGCAGCAGCUGAUCAGCUGACCUGAGGCACCGAGCAGGGGUGUAGGGUCGGAGAAGCCCAGAGAAGUAAGAUGGAGCCAGACCAUUUAAAGAUUUAAAAACAAAUGAGAGAAUCUUAAAAUGAACUCUAAAAUGCACGGGUAACCAGUGGAUUGAAGCCAGGAUGGGAGAUGGCAGUUAAGAGCCGGGCGGCUGCGUUUUGUACUCACUGGCGACGUGAGAGGGAAGACUGGCUGACUCAAAUUUUUGAUCAUCAGAUUUACUCGGCAAUAAUUUAAAUGAACUUGUCCUCAAGAUUUUGACCAAUCAGGUUCGAUGUCACAGCUGUGGCAUAGACAUUUUGCACAACCUCAAUGGCUCAUCAAAGUUUGAUGUCUCGCCAUGAAACAGGAAGUUGUUCUUACUUCUCUGUGCAGCAUUCAGUCUGUUUAAUAUUUUUCAUAUAUAUAUAUAUAUAUAUAUAUAUAUAUAUAUAUAUAUAUAUAUAAAUAUAUGAGUUCAAGGUCCACCCCUCAACACAUGCAUGUGCCCACUUCUCACCUCUGUCAUAGAAAUAGAUGUUACUGACUUUAACAUUCAGUCUCUGAUCACAGGUUUGGUGAUGUUUCCAGUCUCAAAGUGCACAUGCAAAUUUCCAGAAUCAGUGAGCACCAAGCCAGCUGAAUAACUAGAACCUCUUUAAUUUCAUCUCACAGUAUUAUAGCGAGAAAGAAAUGACUCCCAACAUUUUGUCGAGAAAACGAUCUUGCUUAUAUUUUGUGUCUUACGGCCAUGAUUUGUUCCUCCGCUCAGGGAAGCUGUUGCUCGGCUCAGCUACUUCCAAGGGUUUGUGCGUCUUAACACAAUAAGUGUAAUUUCUUGGAAGAGAGGAAGCUCAUUUUGUCGAAUGGCAGCUAGACAUGUGCUAAUCAAGUUCCACAAUCGCCUGCCAGCUGUGUCACUGUGACUCACACAGCUGGGUGAGCAGAUCUGACUCCCUUCUAAUUUAGCAGUCGUGGCUCAUACACCGAUUUAAGUUCGGUUAUAUUGUAACAGGAGCAUGGUAUAAAACACAGCCGCUAUGUUGCAGUCUACUGAUAGAGCCAUUUGGUGUUUGCUGCAGCACAUCAGAUCUUUUAAUUACGCUUUCUCCUCUGUGUAAUGCUUUUGCUCCUUAUCAGUAAAUGGCACACAGAGCUGUAGCAGCUACCUUCCUGUUUUAUCUUUACAGGCAGCGUGGAGUUGUUCAACAGUUUUUUAACUCCUUGUUUUAUCUGAAGAGAGCGCCGUUCUGGUUGUCUGAGCUGGAUACCGAACUUUAACAAAUGUGAAAGCACUAAAGCGUGGGGCUUGCAUGUAAAAUAUCUUCCAGCACAAAUGUGUGUGUGAGUGUGUGGGCCCAUGAAAAAUUUGCAUAAUGCAGAGUUGUUCGGUUUCACAAUGUGAUUUCCCAUCACACAGAGACAGAAAAGGGGAAACAGUCUCUGGAGCUUAAGACCGUCUUUCUUCAAAGCUAACUGUAACACGUCCACUUUUGAGUGGAGCCCCGUUUUGAAAUUCUUUGAAGUUCGUAUUAAAGAGUGAGAUCCAAACACACACACACACAUUUUUUCUGUAGAGGAUAGUUACUUGAGCUGAUAGAAGAUUAAGUUGUUGAAGUGAAGAAUCCGUUGUCAGAGGUUUUAGAUCUUUGAGGAUGUUUUUGAAGCACUCACACUGUGAAAUCAAUACAAGUAAAUCAACAUUCAUCCCAUAAACAGCUGUCUCUUGGCUCAAAUAAAUAAACACAUGUCAUCCUGAUAUCUGCAGGAAUCAAUGCUAUCAAUCACAGCAUUGUUGAUCAGCUGUUUCCAAAGCUCAGCCUCCUCAUAUGCUUCCAAUGUUCAGUGUCAUAAAGCAGAUCUGGAGGCAAAGCAGCAGGCAGUGUGUGGGCCACAGUAGAGACUGGUCAUUGCCCUGAGCACUGUACACUUGUUCUCAUUUCCUCCUUAAAUAAAUAAAGAUUAACAGCCGUGCGGCUAGCUUACAGAAUUAGCUGUCAUCAACAGAUCUUUCAACUCUGCCCAUGCAGCAAGAUCGAAGAUCGGUCCUUCACCUCCGAGCUACUUCUGCAAACUGCUGUCCACACAGACAAAGCAUUGGCAAUUUCAACUCAAUUAAAGACACACUGCUCUGUCAAUAUUACACUUAUGGAAAAGUGUGCCAUGUCGUUUUAGCAUAAAGUUAGCCCAAGGAUUGAAUGUAAAACAGGGAAGUGCUUUAAUAUUCCUUUUGGAGGCAGGAAGUGGAAGUGGAAGGCGUGAAUAGUUGGUGGUAGUACACUGAGAAAAAGCAUUUACAAUUUAUGAAAUACCAGAAAACUGUGGAGAAACUAAUCAUUUACAAAAAUAAUAAAUGGCCAGAAGAGACAAGAGUACUUAUUUAAACAAGGUAUUAUUCAAAAGAACAAAUUUUCAGUUUUUCCUUGCACACUAAAUCAACUUUAAACAGGAUUUGCAUCAUGUUAUAAAACACACACACCACAUUGUUACCGUGACAUGAUGCAUUAUGAUGGGAUACAAUAAGACACAAUGCAAUAGAACAUUAUUCAAUAAUAAAACGAUACCGUGCAAUGUGAUACAAUACUGCAGUAUGACAUGACGCAGUAUAUUAUGUUAUGACAUGUUGGUAUCUGAUGCAAUAUGGCGCAGUAUGACAGUAUGAUAUGGUACAAUUUGAACUGAUAGGAUGAAAUGAUGUGAUUUGAUGGGAUACAAUAAGAUACAGUAUGGUGGGUGCAAUAUUAUAUAAUAUGAUAGAGUACUGUAGGAUAUGGCAUAAUGCAAUAUGAAAUGAUACAAAACAAUACCACACAGCCAAGAUGAUACAGUGUGAUGUGAUAGCGUACGAUACAUACAGUACAAUAUAUUAAGAUGAGACAUGAUGGGAUGUGAUAAGAUUCUGAGCAAUAUGAUACAAUAUAAUAUUACAUAGGGCUGGGACGAUGUGAUGUCUCCCAAUUCGAUUCUUUUAUGAUUUUGUUUGAUGCCGAUUCGAUUGAAAUUGCGAUUCUACGAUAUUGUUGAUUUUCUCGAUUUUUAAGUCUGCAGUUUCAACACCAGUGAAACAGUUGAACGAUUAUGAUUGUCUACUGACUAUUCCAGGAACCAUAUUUCCUCAAAAAAUACACAUCACAUUUAAGUAAGUUUUUAAAAUUUAUUCUUGAAUUUGAAAAAGACAACCAAUUUUUGAACAAAAAAAUCGAUUUGAAAAUGGUAAAACAAAAAAUCGCGAUACUUAUGUAAACAGAUUUCUUUCUUCCACCCCUAAAAUUACAUGAAAUGAUAGGAUACAAUACAACUUGAUACACUAAAAUACAACACAAUUUGAAAGGACAUCAUUCAGUUUGAUAUGAGAUUAAAAUGCAGUACAAUACAAUACCAUUCAAUAUGAAACACUAUGCUGUUUUUGAAGGGAAUACUGCGCGUCAGAUUGAAAUGUUGCAUAAGUGUAGCUGUCUGCACGGUGUUAUUACAGGGUCUGAUCUAUGUAUACAGCCUUGAAAAAUAAUUUUCACAUGGUUAUGAACAUUUAUUUCCACACUGAUUUAGUGAAUCUGUCAAAAGACGCCCGACUUUGAUAUCAGAUUAGCAUAUUAAAUAUUUCAAGGCAACUUCCAGAGAGUUUAACCAAAGGCCCCCACCCAUCCCCUGAUUAACGACUCCCUCAUCGUCUAUAAGUGCUCUGGGUAUUGAUUCUCCCUCCCUGUCCAUUUAAGCAGCGGAGAAAGGAGAGGGAAGAGAGUAUCAGCACGGUCUUGUGAUGCCUGAAUGUCUUGAAAUCCAAACCUCACUUGAAAGACUCGUAAGCCGUCAUUACAGUCUGAUCCUAAAUCCCAGAUCCAAAUCCCACAGUUUGAUUUUUCCUUUCCUUACCAGACGCUUAAAGUUGGAGCUGGCAGCAGUUUUCUGCAGAUUACUUGGCCACGCAGUUGACUUAUGUGGAGCUGAAGGGUCAAUAAAUCGCUGCUAUGCUGCUCAUUGUGCAGUUUUUGUUACAGCUGAAAUUACCCAGCUUACACUUGCCAGAGGCCCUGUAGGAUCUCACUGGAGUCCAACAGAGAGAGUGUGUGUGUUCAGUUCACUUUCGCAUAAGAGCAGAGCAUUUUCUAAUUAAGCUCUGGAUCUCUGGAGAGAAAGUUUAGAUAAGUACAUUCUGACUCACUUCUUUCUCUUUUUGUUUCCGAUUCAAGUACCGUGACCCUGUUAAUGUAAGAAAGUUUUCUUUCAGCUUUACAAUGAAAUGUAGCUGAAGGACAUCCAACAUAAUAGUCUUCCUCUGGAUGCUGAGCACAACAUGUACGUUUGACGAACUAUCACUUCAAAUUAUAAAUAGCUAUGACAGUUUUUUGUCCACCUCCUGCUCUUGGUGUUUUAUACAACACUAAGGUUUCAAGCAUAUCUCCUGAGUACAAAACACAUCUAAAAAGCUUUUUUUUCUCCUUCCAAAUGGGUACCUUCUGAUGUAAGUGUAGAUAGCUAGCUGUAGCGUCAUCUGACAGCAUCAAAAUGUGUUCAUAUCAGUUAAUAUACCAAGGGCUCCAUUCAGUUGGUCAGAAGGUAUGCAUGCUGCAUUGCUUUUGCAUUGAAAUACCAAUACUGAUGUGUGAAAUUUAGGUGUGUUUAUUGCAAAUGCCUGUGCUGCAAGGUUGAGGUUGUUAAAAACCCCGCAGGUGUUGCUUCUGUGGUCAGCAAAACCACUUGACGAUGAUGACCUCUCGUCACAUUUUUGAUAGAUUUCUUUUUUAAUCACAGAAACAGAAUUGUGUUAAAAAGACGAGAACUGGGGAGGAAAUGUUUGUGGCUUUGCUUUUUAGCAGCUCCAAUACAAGCUUUCUGCUAUGUACAUUACCAAUGCAAGAGCAUGUGGAAAAUGCAAAUAUUGCCUUAGCUUAGUAAUGGAGGAAAGUGUGUUUGCAGGAGCCUUUCUUCCUUUUCAUAGUGGGGCUUUUAUGUGUGUUUGAAGCAUCUGUUCCAAGUCAACAUGAAGCAGCAGGCCCAGAGGGCUGACAUUGCGCUCUGCAGCCUAAUAGCUGCCCAACUGGGCAUGGUAUAAUAUGUAAGCAGCAGGACCCAGGGGCUAGCAAAGGCUGGCCUCUGUGGUCUGAUCCUACAGAAGAGCUGCUGUAGUUCACACUGCUGGAAAAGUUAAUGCAGGCUCUGAUAGAAAAGUGUAAGAACAUACAGGACAAAUUCAGAGACCUGCUGCUAGUGUCUUGGUGCCAGAUACCGCUGCACAGCUUGAAAGGUCAAGUUGAGUUCAUCACUUAUUAGAUCGGGGCUGUUUCGUACCUGAUCUUACAAGAUUGGGGCUAAUAAUGUUAGAUUUCAGAGCAAUGUGAUAAGAACAUAAGAGACAUCCCAAAUUUUUGUUCAGAUUACAUCUUUAAAAAAUCAAUUAUUGGUGUGAAUAUUUCAGCUGGUCAACAUUUAAGUUUUAUUAAACAUUUGCUAAAGGGACUUGUGCAAAGUUUUGUCUUGUAGCCUGUAAUAUUUCAAGUCCUUCAUUUUGAUGGAAAGUCCAUCUCUAUUUAUUAGAAGUGGGAAUCACCUGCAGCCCCAGGAUACGAUAUUAUCACAGUACUUGGGCCACGAUACGAUAUGUUAUGUUAUUGCGAUUUUUAAUUUUUUUUCAACCGUAAAGUAUAUUUGGCAUUUGUCUUUCCUUUAUGUUUCUCUUAUUUACGCUUUUUAAAGACGCUGUAUUUUAUUUUCAUGUAGCACAUCUUGCAAACCAUAUACAUAUUUGUUGUACUAACUUUCUCCUUCUCGAUGACGUCACCUCUGCCAACCUCACUGGAAAAACAUUAUAUUUUAUUUUUCCAUAGAUUUGACUUCAUAUUAGCAAUUAAUUUGAAAAAUCAAUACUUUGUCUAUGAGGCGAUAUAAUUAAUCACCAGACAAAAUAUUGUGAUACUUUGCUAUAUUGAUUUUUUUCUACCAUCCCUACUAAUUAUCAGUGCAUAUGGGUUCCAAAUCUUGUUUACUGGUCUCAUUGGCUUCUUAUAACUGGUAUCCAUAUCAAGCUGGAAAUCAAAGAUCAGUCAACCCCUGAUGUAUCGGUAUCAGCCAAAAAGAAUUAGAAAAUAAAGGUACGUCAGGUUUCAGCAAACCUAAUAUGUGCUGCCCCAGCUUAAUCAUGUUCAAUAUUAAUAUUUUCAAAUCAAAGUCUUUGUUUGAACAAAGCUGAAUCUAGUUCUUGUUCUGAUUCUGUUAUAAUGAAGACAAUCAUUCGUCUAUUUGUAACUACCAACUUUGAAAGUGUUUACCUACUUGUACAUGAAAUAGUCAACUGUUGCACAGUUUCUGCAUUGACUCUGCUGUUUUAAUUAGGCUUUUUGGUGCUUUUCUCUCUCCUUAUCAUUAAAAGAUGACUGGUGUGCACAUGCCUUAAGGCUGUAGGCACCAUGGGCGAACUCUAAUUUGGUAAUCCAGCACAAAGAAACUGUGCGGCUCAUUAGAUCGGCCACCUAAAGCAAGAAAUAGGACGGCUCAGGUUUUUUUUAUUAGACUGAUGUUCACUCAGACUAGGUCAGUGUCAUGCCACAUUCCUGAAAACACCAUCAAGAUUAUGAUUAAACUUUCACAAGCAUGAUGUGGCAAAUUUCUCUUUUUGUAAUUUUCUUCAGUAUGUCUCCAGUAUUCACUGUAAAAUUGUUGGAGGAGGCUAAAGGAGGAGGAGGAAAAGUGGUUUCAGGGGCACUGCAGAUGCAGGUUAUCUUAUGGGAGCAGCAUGGGAAUGAAAAGACAACCUUCCCUUUCAUUAAACUGAUGGUGCAUCACACAUAAGGACAUUUAUCUUGCUGGCUUUGGCAGAUGGAGGACAGUGCACUCCACAGAAUAAAACAUAGCUAGUUUGGCUGCCCUGAAAAAAGAGAUGCCCUCAUUUAAUGUAAUUUGCCCUGAGGAGUUUUCCUAAGCUGAUCACAAGGAGCAUGAUUCUUCAAAGUACUCCUCUGUCUUCUUCCUUUGCUCUCUCUGCCGCUCUCUCAUGCUUUUGCUAUUCAUCUCUCUCGACCGGGCUUCUGUCACGGUUUUGUGCCUUGUUUCUGGGCUCUUCUUCUCCUGCUCCCUCUGCCUCUUUUCUCACCACUCUUCCUCGGAGUGUUGAGUCACCGAGCUGUAAUUAGGUCUCUCUCCCUCUCAUCUCCACACCACUCCCAGCUGAUGUGCCAUAAAGUCACUGACAGCUGUAUUUAACCAAAAGUCUUCUUUGACUCUCCUCACUCACUCACUCGGCUUCAGUUUCCACUCCACUCAAACUCCUACAUGGGGGGAAAGUAAAAAAAAAAUAAAUAAAGUAAUCACUGAGCAUUUUUAAUCCAUUAUGAACACAGGACUCCUAAUGAGAGCUGGGUGAUACAGCAGAAUAUAGAAAUGAUGUUUGUCUCUUCUCAGCAUUGGUUGUGCAACUUUGAAUACUUUGUAAUUACAGUAUUCUUACCUGCGUAGUGCAAAGUCAUUGUUUACAGUGAUUGUCAUCAUCGAUUAAUGUUUUCUUGUUGUGGCUUGAAAAGGUAUUUUGAUAUAAAUGAUGACGUCGUAGGCCAAAGAAACCAAAAAUCUGAUAAGUUUCAUUUUAAAAUAUUUAUGCAAGAUAUUGCAAAUGCAUACACUCAUUCAAAACGGCUGUCUUCUCUUGUGUGUGCUGGCUGCAUAGCUGCUGUCAGCUUUGCCUCUCCUGUGAGUUUUAUCUUAAAUAAGAACAUAAAAACCUUUUAUUUUUAAAAUUUCAGAAAUCAUCAGGAUCACUCCCUUACAGGAAAUGCUCAAGAGGCAUGUAAUCUCCGGUAGAUUAUGAGUUAUACAGGUGAAAAAAUAAACAAACAAAUCCUUAUUUAUUUGGCAUGCAGUCUGCCAUACCUACACAGGAGUGGUUUCGAGUAAAACAGCCUCAUUUCCACUAAAAAGGGGUCCUUAAUUCCCAUUUAAAACAUUGGCAUAGAUACACACAUAGUGACAAAGAGUGGGAAGGUAAGAGAUCUCCAUGGAUUACAUCUCCUGUUACCUGUUGUUAUUUGUUAAGUAAAAUUAAGCACUCAGAGUCUACAAGAAUUCUGACUGUUUUGUUUGCUUCUUCACGUAUCAGGAUGUGUCAUAACAGUAAGUCUACUUUGGAAAAACAGAUGCUUAAUAAGUACCACGAUGCUAGCCACAAAAAGAGAGUUUGCAUAAGAGCAAGUAUUUCCCAAACAUUGACGCUAUUUGAUAAUAGUAGAAUUUAUGAGAGAGACCCGAAUAAAGAGACGCGCAAGCGACCUCUUUCACCUCUAACUGUCCUGGAAAAAAAAAUCAGAAUAAAAGCACGAGAUGAAAACUAAAGGAGUCGCUCCACAGAUUGGGCUUUCAUUUUGGACAGCAUUGUGGAUGUGCAGUGCAUUCAUGUUGUUUAUUUCAUGCUUGUAACAUAAAUAUAUAGCAGAUGCAGAGCCAAAAUAGCCUUCGACUUUAAUUGUUUUGUUUAUUUCUGGUUGAGAUCUGUAAACAGUUAGUAGUUUGUCUUUCAUUAUCUGGAUUUUUGAAGCAUUAGAUGGACGUGAAGCACGCUGCUCAUGAGACCCAGGACCUGAAAAGGGGCUGCUUGCUGAGCUGCGGCUCAAAUUUGCUCAGCUUUUAUCAAAGGCUUGUUGACUUCACUUGUUAAUACGGAGAAUACUGAUUACAAAAACUCUCACUAAAGCAGUUACAUGUUGAUAAUCAAUGUUUCACAAACCCUGUUUGGCAGGCAUGUCUGAUGAGGGGGCUGCUGGCUGAGCUGCCACAAACACCUUAGUAGUUAGUUAAUGUCAUGUUUCCAUUUUAGUGAUCAGAUUUCUCAUCUCGGAGAAUAAGAGGGUGUAGUUACACCUUCACUCUCCUUCCCACUCAUUUCAAAUCGUCGAGCAUCUACUUUCACUUGCAGCUCCAUCAGAGCUUUGCAGUGCAGGGUGGACGUGUACUCCAGCUCCGACUUUCUGUGCAUGCAAACCUGCAGAUGAUCUUUGAGGUUUUUGCAGUUUCUGCAGUGCUCGGAUGACAUUGCAGUCCCCUUCCAGUGUCAUUUCAACAAGUCCCCCUUAUUAGACCAGAGUGACACAUCUAACACUAGACACCAUUAAUGUGGGAUUUAGUGUUAAUUCAACAAAAUUGACAUCAGACAGAUAAACACCCCCCUCCUCCUUAUUACUAUAUAACAACAACAGUUGUUUCCAAAGGCCUGCCAAAGCUGUCACAUCUGUUUACCGAACGACACAUUUUGCCUCUUCUUCAGCUCGACUGAUUAUUAAGGGCUCUGCCAAAAUAAACUGCACGGAGAAUUCAAGCUGUGAUAAACAUUAUCAUCAUGUAAGAGAUGAUCCUCUGAGUCACAUUGAUGAUGAGAGAGUGGGGGAUGUGGAUUAACACCAAUAUUAUUCUUACACAUCAGUUAUCACACGUUGGCUGCUCAUUAGAUUUUACCACCCAUCUAAAUUAGACAGAUUCAUCAUCCUAACAGGAUAUGAGUUUUUUGGUAAAUUGUCAUCUGACGUGUUAUUCUGUUUGGCUGACCUGUUGUCUCUACUGGGACUAGCAUAAUUUAAAUGAUGGUGCAGACUCAAUGUGGUGUGUUGUAUCAUUUCUUUUCAGUGGUUUGAUUUUUUUUUUUCAGCAUUUCCUCUCCUUGCCCUCCUCCUUACAUAAACCUUUUACUUACGUACUGUAGCUAUUUUGAUAAGCGCACAAUAUAGAUCCAGGAAAUGUAAAGUUACCACCACCUACAAGAGCGGUGGUGGUAUUACUUUAUUUUCUCAAGUUUAAGAACUUGGGCUGGUAGUGCUAACGUGUAUAUGUGAUUUAGGUUUGGCUCCAUAGGCGAGACUCUGUGUGUGGUAUUCUCCUUAAGCAUUGUUUUAAUUACAAAAGUGUUACAAGCAUUAACUUCCUGGAAUCCUAUGUAAUCUCUGUCUCUGUUUUCUUUCUGCAUCGAGCGGCUCUUACUGUCUCACGGAUCCCACCCCGCAGCCUCCCUGCUGGGUGCAAAGGAGGUCAGACUCAUUUUGACAGCUUUUAGGGGUUGUUUUGCCAAACAAAGCAAAAAAAAAGUGGACACGUCUGGGUCUUUAUGUCACGCAACCCACCCCUUCACAUGCCCAAACCUGCUGGGAUUUUCCGUUUAUCUCUAUAUCUGUCGGUCUCGAGCGGCACAGUCGAAACACUUUAAGGGUAUUUAGAGUUAAUCCACUAAUACACAACCUUGCUUUUUUUUUGUAAGACUUGAUCCGAAGGUCCUUGAUGCACACUGUCCUAGAUACUGAACAGCUCAGAGGUGAAUCAGUUCAUCCCCUCUGUGAGAUCUGGUGCCACAACAGGGGUCACUCCUGCUGCCAGUAUGUAAAAAUACCACACAUCAGAUUCCAGCCCUGCAGGACAGCCAAAGUGUUGGCACUAACAGACACACAAACACAUAGAUCAUGAGCUCCAUCAUCUCAGGGUACCUUCACCAUCAUGCUGUUGUGUUUGAGGCGGCUUCUUUCUGACCUGCUAUUACAUUUCUUAAUGUACAAUCUCAUAUCUUACUUCAUCAGCGUAUGCACAUAAACUGAAGAGGAGUGUGUUCUCCUGAAUAUGUUGUCUAAUACUGUGACGAAUGAUUGAUUUUUCAGUGUGUGCUGCUUCGGAUCUGUAGGUUGUUGGUUUAUGAUAUUAUUACAUUAUGUGGGGUGUGAAAUGUGGUACAAAAAAAAGAGUGAGCGUUAGUAGGCAGCUGUGAUACGACAGGAAAAAGUUGUUUGCGUAAUCUUGUGUUUAUCUAAUAUAAAAAAAUUCAAUCAAUAGCAGCAAACCUCGAAAUGUUAUAUUCGUUAUUUUUGGUAUAAGGUAUUGGCAAAAAUCCACUUUUGUACAAAGUUGUACACAUUGUAGGGAUUUGACGUAUUUGCAGACAUAUUCCAAGAAAUGACAUAAUGAUAGAGCUGCAGCUAAAACUUCAAAUAAAAUAAAAAUUCUUUUUUUCUCAAAAGUCAUCUUAAACUGAACUUGUAUAACUUGAAUUUAACCUUUUUCCACGAUAUACAUCGAAGUAUUUGCCCUCCUUUUUUUGUAUGGAGUUUACGCAGCAGACACAAGAGUCUGUCAGUGUUAGAGUACAAAACAAGUCUUAGCCCUUAAAAACAUUAUCACGCUGAGAUGCUCCUGACUCUGCUUGUUAACCAUUUGUAACAUUUGGAUUUAAGAGAGUGUUUACAUGUUUACUCUUUUCAGACAUGGAUCAUACAGAGUCAUGCGUAAAACUAUGAGAGUGGAAAUCAUACUGCAGCAGGUUCAGCCUGUUUUUGUACUAGGGCUGUCAAAAUUGCUCCAAACAGUGUCUGCCUAAAAUCCAAAGAAUUUCCAAACAGAGCUUCUAAAGUUCGUUGAAGUCCAGACCACUCUCUCCGAGUUUGGCUCCGAACAUGCCGCCAUCUCUCUCUGCAUGUGCCAUGGUCGGUUUUUGUCGAGUUCCACUGCAUGUGCAGCUCCUGUGACCUGUCCCUGACCCUGUUGUUACAGUGCGCUCUUUCGCAAAGGAGCUGCUGUUUUUAUUUAUUUAUUUAUUUUCCCCCACUCAUUUUUUUUUUCCUGCUGUCUAUUUAAUAUUUGAAUAUUAAUUUUCACACUCAAAUCAAAGUUUGAGUUCAGGGUUAAGCAGUUGAUGAUUUUGUCCUCUCUUUUCACAAAGUUUGACUCUAAAUCUCAUGAGAAAGUGGCACGCAUGAAAGUGUCAGACAUUUGUAAAAUGAAAUGGACCAGAUUCUCUAAUAUUAGGCCUGGGCAAUUUGGCAAAAAAACUGAUCACGAUAUAUUUUGUUGUAUCGUCCGAUCUCGAUUAUUAUACGCAUCUGUUCUAAAAACGAAAGAAACUAGAGAUUGUUUCAACAAUUUAUUAACAAACAAAGUAAAUAACAAAGACUAAGAUACACUUAAAAAAAUAUAAAAACCAUUUUAAUUCAACAGUACAACAAAUGUAGAUAAAUACUAGAUAAUACAGUGAAUUAGAUUACAGUCCUGAGUGUUUUUUGCAGGUAUGCAAGACCCAAAAUAAACAAAUCGCCCCCUCAGAGAUAAUGAAGAUGCCUUAAAAUGUAAACGUUAGAUGAUUUAGAGGUAGAUAAUACGAUUGAUCGCUGCUUUGGUCUGGUUGCUGCUCAAGCAAAGAGAUCUGGAGCCGGUUGAACUGAUAUUAAAGUUAUGAUAUCUUAAUUCUGGCAUAAAGAAAUUGUGAUGAUAUUCUUGCCAUAUCACCUACCCCUAGAAAAACACAGUAGCUAUUUGCAAUGCUUGUGAAGUACAGGUGACACAAGGAGAAGAACAACAGUGAAGAUGUGAUUGUGCAUCUCAAGAGCUGUCAUCCUGAACAGUGUCAAGAGUUUCUCAGCUUCCAUUUCAGCCAUUUGGCUUAAAAAAAAAACACAUAGCAGAGACCACCCAAAGGUAAAGAAGCUUAACAACAAAGAAGUCAUUGAAUUGAUCACGCUGGAUAAACAGCCUUUGAGCAUGAUGGGAUAGGUGAUGAAGGUCUCUGCGGGUUAAUGAUGUACUUGGAUAGACAGCAGUAUCAGUAGCUACCAGACGCUCAUUAAAACAUGGGUGUCCUUUCAGCUUGCUUUUCUCACCAGUUCCCGGGUUAAACUUUGCCCUUACAUGAUACACAGCUGUAAGUGAUAAAUUUGUGUGAUCUGAUCCAGAUAACGAAACGCUGUUUAAUGCUGUCGUGGUUUUUCUGUGUGGUGCGUAAACAGACGACAGACGGGGGCUCUAUCCGUUUCAUUAAACUCUGCGGCAGACCAAACAGGUUCUGAUGAAGCUCGAGCUCGUCUGACUUUCUAUCAGGCUGACCUGCCACUCCCUCAGAUUAACUCACACUGCGGGGUAAUCCCUGCUCCUGAUUUAUUGCAAUCCCGUGUCGACUGCGUGGAUGUGAGGUUUAUUUAGCAUCUGGUUUUCUCUGCCUCUCUACUAUCACUCUUACUCUCCUUCAUCUUCUGUUGGGAAACACUAAGGAAGGUCAAACCUGUGUGCACUUUAUGUAAUAACCACUUCUCUUUAUGCACAUACUCAGAGUUAUACGGAGGAUUUUCUGAGCGACAAUCGGUUUGGAGCAGCAAUAAAACUGGAAAGAAUUGCAAUUUAAUCCCCCCAUAUUCAUCACUUGACACCCAGCCAAAUCAACGCAAAGCGACAGCAGGAAUCUGCGUCUUUGUGGUGUAAACAUCGAACAUGGCUUAAAUACAACUAUAGAAUGGGCAUGUGAGGACACAGCAGUGUAUACUGACACCAACCUCUAUUAUUAUGUCUUUAUAAUCAUACCUAUGCGUCCAAUAGACAACCCCCCCCAGUAUCUCUUCUCAAUUUCUCUCCAUCAGCUUAAACAAAUCAGCAGAAUAAAGACCUCAUAUCUUGGAACAAUGAUGUGAAAUUCAUCAGCCUGGUUUAUCAGAUGGAUUUACUCAUGAUAUUGUAUAAUGGUUUUACAGACACGCACUGGAUUAGAAGUUUUGGACAUGGCUCCCUUAUGAAUGACAGCUCCCCGUGCUUAGUGUCACACAUGGACUCGUGAGUGGAGCCGCUGUAAUAUUUUAGUGUGUGACAGAGGGAGACAAGAGGGAGGAGGGGGGUCUACUGUGGCAGCUGUGGAGCAGAUAAUCCCUGGCCUGGACCUGAGCCUCUCAAAUGGAAACUCCUACAACUAUUGUGGCUCAAUCAGAUUAAAAAGACAAAAAAAAAAAGAUCUGCAGAGAGAAAGAGAGGGAGAGAGAGGGGGAAUAGCACAAUGUUGGCUCUGCUUUGAGCGCAGACACAGAGCUCAGUCAGUCACAAUGCUGUGGUUGUCUCCUCUCUGUUUGGUUUAAAAAAAAAAACUGCAAGCCAAGCAAAUAUUUUAUUUCUGCUUUUUGUCAUGGACUGCCAUUCUUUCAGUUUUCACAGCAACCACACAAACCCACUCGUGUUCAGGUCAGAUGUCGCCUCAAAGGCUGGUUCAAACCAACAGUUUUCCAGCCUUUCAUACAGUACACUUCUGUUUUUUAAUUCUAGAUUUUUUAAAUAGUCACUCUUUAAAUAUACUGGCUAGAGAGAUGUUUCACAAAGUUUGAACAAAUGUCUCUUUAUCUCAGGAAAACUGGAUUUAAAGCUCCUGUGAGGUGUUUCUAGUCAGUGAAAAUUAAUAGUGAUGUCUCUUUAUGAUGUCUCUACAAAAGCAAAGUAGACGAUCAGCGAUGUUAUCUCAAAGUUUAUGUUGUCAUUUUUAAUGCUUGUUGCAGUUCCAAGGGGGUAGGUUUGUAGCUUAUUAAAGAAGAAUUUUUUUAAUGUUUUCACCAGAAAAAAAUUGCCAUAAGUGAUGUCAAUAUCAGCGAGACAUAAAAUGUGUGUCUUUAUUUUUAGAGUGUGCCAGAGGCAGCUUAAUAGAAAAUAUUUGAAUAUGCCAGUAUGAACAGUCUGACUUAGGAUCCUCAACCUUUCAACCUAGUCUCCAUAACAUUGGAAUAAUGAAUAAUUUUCCCCGAAACUAGGGUUACAAAUAGUACAGAAUUUCAUCAUCUACAGUACUACAGAAUAACAUUGACAUAUAUAGAGAAUCUGUCCCAUAGUAUGAUGACUCACAAUCAUGUCAUCAUCUGCUGUUAGGAGGGGUGAGACUAUCCAGUUUUCCAUCACUACACAGUUCCAAAAACUAGCAUCCAUAAGUGCUCAUGGCAAGGAUGGUUCACACAGUUUGAGAAACUGAAAUCUUUUCUCAGGAAACAACGAAACAUUUCACUUUCUAAACUCCGGAAACUGGUCUCCUUGUUUCUGUGUGACGAGUGUCGUCAAUUUAAAAUGAGAGGGUUCUUUUAUAGGACAAUAUAAAAAUCUGAUAUAUUAGGUUUUUGCACCAUCUCUAUUUAAACACGGAGUCACUUCAGUAUCAUCCUCUAACCGUGUUUUCGGUACUAAGGAACAUCGCUCAUAGAAUCAAACUCUGUGUCAAUCCACAUUUUUAUAGUGUCUGAAUUUUUUCGGAAUAGGAUUGUGUCAUUUUGGGGAAAUGAAAAUUGGCCUUUCGUACAGUUGCGCAAUGACUUCUUUUACAGUAAUGUCACACUGCGAAUAAACCCAGAUGAUAGAGAAAAUGAACGGCAUUAAACUAUAUGAAAUGUUUAACAGCCUGGUCUGUGUGCGCUUGUCUUUUCAGCCAAAUUCACAGUCUGGUACAGACGGCAAUGAAAAGCAUAGGAGUUAAAAAAAACACCCAUCCCUCCAAGCAGUCUAUAUGCAGUCUGUUCUUAGACUAGCAGAAAAUAGCAUCUGAUCCGACCCACAUUCUUCACUCAGAGUUUCAGCCUUUACCCUCAGGGUGAAGAUCCAGGCCAGGCUCAGCCACUAUAAACAUUCAUUUCUCUCCAUGUCCAUGUAGAUUCUCAACAACAGGUAAUACAGGAUGUGCCAAGGGGUCGUUUAAUAUGUCAGUGUGCAGCAACUGUUGGUGGGUUUAUUUAUUAUAUAGCUGUGAAGCUGUAUUGCAGCCGUGUUUUUUUUUAUCAAAUAUUGUUGGGUCUGUACCAUUUCUAUAGUAUGUGUUCAUGCACAACAGAGUCUACAACAUUAAAGUAAACCAUAUCUUUUAAUACGCUGUCAUAGUCCUGAUUGGUGUCCUCUUUCUGCACUGUCUGCAGCUUCUAAAUGAUGAUGCUAUUGUAUUUAAUACUACGAUAAAGUAUUAGGGCCACAUUAAGAAAAGAAAAAGGAAGACUACGAGAUUAAGUAAUAAAUUUAGAAUAUAAAGACUUUAUUCUAACUUCACCCUUGUAAGUAAUUACGUUCCUAUAACUUUAUUCUCGUAAGCAACUACUUUAAUAUGACUUUAUUCUUGUAAGUAAUGAUUUUAUUACGACUUUAUUCUCAUGAGCAAUUGCUUUAUUACGACUUUAUUCUAGUUAAUAAUGACUUCAUUCUCGUACGGUAAUGACUUUAAUCUUGAAGUCUUUUUUUUCUUAAUGUGGCCCUAAUACGCUGUCGUAUAAUACAGUAUCUUCUAUAGGCAUUAAAAUCAAAAAUGUUGUCAGUCUUUUCACUGAUAAUCUGUGUGAUCUUCAUCGCUAUAAAGAGUAGUGUUUUCUACACAUGAAAGAUACUUGGACAGGCCACUCAGGUAUACAGAUUCCAACCAUUUUCUUCAUUUAAUCAAUCGUUUACAUUUGCCACCAUUGUGUGCACACUCUGCACCAAGUACAUAUGCUGGCUUUCUGUCGCCCCAACUCCAUAAGUAACAUUUUAGCUGAAACAUCAGAGAGGAAUCAUUGUUUAUAUCUGUCUGUUUCAUAACUGGUCAAAAACUACUCACUGGGGCUUUAACGUCACCUAGCAGAUACUGCAAGUGUGAGUUUGUAAGCACAGUGAUCAUCUACAGCUGCACUGUUCCUACAAGUGGAGUAGAUGACAAACUCUUGAGGCUGGUACUACAUGUGGGCUCUCAGCCGGGUCAGUCAGCUUUUGAAGGCAGCAGCUCUUAAAGGUUGGUUUGGUGUGUCAACAUCCAGCCUGGGGGCUGCAGGCUGAGGCCCUUUGUUUGUGUCUUGGAUCAGAAAACGCCACAUUGGCUGACAUCAACACAGUCACUCUGUGUGGUUCCCUGCGAUGCUCUGAACUCACUAUUGUACAACAAUAUCUGUAAGUCCACAUUGUUACACACCCACAUACAUUCGCACCUACUCCCCCUACUCCUGAUCAUGACCUACUCAUGUUUUCAGUCCAAGGCCACUCCCUGAUCCUGGUCUUGUGCGGGGUUAGCAGCUGGGGAAGGGCAGUGACAGCUGGCAUUCUGCAGGCUCACUGAAGCAAGCAGACUCGGGCCACUUGCACUACAUGGGGGCCAAUCUAACAGCUGUCAGGGGCUGGGUCAGAGGGAAAUUAUGCAUUAGAGCCGUGAGGAAGAUGCGGAAGAAGGAGUGGGAGUAACAAUGUGAUCAGAAAAAUAGAAGGAUGGAGAGAAAUGUUUGAAUCUAAAAUGCACGGAGGCAUCUGAGCCGUGUUUUUGUCUGAUGUUAUCUCCCCUGUGACGCCCCAUUAAGGAUUGUGUGGCUGCCUUUGCCAAUUUUUUCAUCCUUUCUAUGAAUUAUUCAGAUGAGCUGCGAUCAAAGACGGUGAAAGGAAUUGCUUUUAGCAGCAUUGACUCAUGUAAAUUUUCAGAGUUUAACUGAGUCAUUCUUCAGUGCCGGGAUGAGAGGGGCGAGACCAAAGCUUGUCCCGCCGCUUUACUUUAAGCUCCUCCAAGAAGUGACAGCUUGUUCUCUGACAUUUUGGGUCUAUCCUAAGAGAAGCUUCUUUAUGCAACAACACUUAAUGGGAGGUGACAUAACGAAAAGCUGUUGCUCAGUUUUCCUCUGAAAUACACAGGAGAGUGUUGUAAUGAAUGUGAAACAGGGAUGUAUUUUAAAUUUACCUCAUAAUGUUCAAGAGGAUAAUUCCCAACACUGUCUUCAAACCUGCAAACAUGAAGUGGCGUCACAUUUCCUGAAAGAGUCUAUUUUUAAAUGUAACAGUGGAGUGAAUAAUGAAUGAAAAGACACUCACGGGCAUCAUUUUUGAAGACGAGUCAGCUGCUGCAGCACCAAGGUUAAUUUCCUUUAGCGGGGUCUGACUCUAAUAAGCACAAAGUGGCACAUAAAUAUUGAGUCUGACUCACAUUGGUUGCGGUGCAGGUGUGUCGUGCAGGUGGUGCAUCACACUUUGUGAGGCAUGAACACCCUCGCAGCUGUCUCUGUGUGAGAUCUGCAUCUUUGAAGCAGUUUACCUCAGUGGCACAGACACAUUAUCUGCUCUCUCUCGCUCGUUUGACUCUAUCUAGUAAAGCUUUUGAAAUUGUUAACAUGUACUUGCCGGCUGCUCUUCUCGGCUGUGUCCUUAUAUUUACCCAGCGGUUAUCUAACAUGCAGUACGAGUGCGUCCCUCAGUCACAGGAAAUUAAAGGAAAUGGCUUAAAGCUAAAUUUAGGAGCUUGCUUUCCAUUGUUGACAUUUUAUAUGACUCUAACCUGAACCAUUUCCUCUCUCUCUCUUUAUUUUUGAACACCAGGUAUUAAAUGAAGAGUGUGAUCAGAACUGGUACAAGGCAGAGCUAAAUGGAAAAGACGGCUUCAUCCCCAAGAAUUACAUAGAGAUGAAAGCCCAUCCGUAAGUAUUCUACACCCCUGUUUUUCUUAUCUAAUGUUUUGAAAUAUACAUGUGUGCACUGCAUACUGCUGUGUCUCAUGGUGUACUUACAUCCCUUGGAAAAGCUGAAAGAAUACCAGAGAUUUGUACAAGUGUUAAUUCUUUAAGUAAAUGCCUUAAUGUGUUCAACAAACAAAAAAUAUAAAGGUGGGAGCAAUGAAUCACCUUUUAUGUAUGAUGUCCUCACUAUGAGUGCAUUUGUAACAUGACAAUCCGUUUAUUACAAGGUAGAAACAGAGAAAGUAGAAGCUGAUAAAAAACAGUAAGAUUAAUAGAUAGCAAAAAAAAAAAUGUGGGUCUGUAAUUCAGUUAUUAUAUGGAAAAGGGAUUCAUUGCAAAUUAACCAAAUAUUAUGGUAACACUGUAUUUGACACCUAUAACUUGUUAUAAAUGUAUGUAUAAUGCGUUAUAAUAACGUAUCGCACUUAAAAACACUCAUAAAUGAUCAUAAUGCUUUAUAGCAAUAAUCAUAACACAUUAAAAAGCAUUUUAUCAUGACUUAUAAGGUCAGGUAUAACAGUUGGAUUGCAUUAUCCAUGUGGGUAUUGUCAGUGAGUUUUAAACAGUUAUAACACAUUAUAAUACCUGACCUUGUAAGUCAUGAUAAAAUGCUUUAUAAUGUGUUAUGAUUAUUUCUAUAAAGUAUUAUGAUCAUUUAUGAGUGUUUAUAGCUAUAGUUAUACAGUCCUAUAACAUGGUUAUUACGCAUUAUACAUAUAUUUGUAACACAUUAUAGAGAGAGGCGUCAAAAAAAGUGUUACCUCGAUUAUAUAUCUUUUGUAAAUGUACCUUUACGGCAGAUUUAAGUUAUUUGUAUUCCUGCAACAUUUAUCUUUUUAUUUUUUUUUGUAAGUGAUGUUUGAGUUACAGCACUUCAUUGGUAAGUAUACUUACCACAAUGGAUGCUGAUCAGCUCGGCCUCGUUAAUGAGAAAACACUAUUAGAGCGUACAAUGCAGAGCACUUCUCUGAGUGUGUUGCAUCUGCAAAUGGUGCAAAAUCACUUUCCCUUUCCGAAACAAAUGUCUCUCUCUGAUGGCAAAGUAAAGUGCAGAAAACUUCUGUGUAGAGCGUACUCUCAAAGAGAUGAGUGUUCGGGUCAGAGUCUCUCAAAAUCACCAACAUUUUGUGGCUGAGUCGGCCUCAUCCGCUGAAAACGAUAGCGAACUAAGAAUCCUGUUUCUGCCGGCAGUUCAGAAAUGGGGCAAAGCUGACCGGCAUCAACUGUGGCUACUGCACUUCCUUGUGACAUUUAACUCUUUCAGCCCCACUUCAAAAAUACUAAAAUAUAUCCGUUUAAGGCUGUCUUUUUAGGCUUGCUUUCCACAAUAUUACUGCUGCAUCACUUCCUGAUUUCAUAAACUACAGGUCUGGCUGGGGGUCAUGAUCACACAAGUUAAACCCUCAUUCAAUAAGUGGCUUGAUUGCUGUUCCUUGCAGUAAUUUUGACAGCCCUAAAAAAACAUAAAUCACAUAAAAAUACAACACAAAUAUGUGUAAUGGUUGAAAACAGACGAAGAAUAGGUUGAAAGCUGAGUCAAAGAGAGCGCACUUGCAGUAGUAACCAAGAUCCUUAUGUUGAACUCUUCAAGAGUUAUUAGCUCAUAGAUGGGGAGGAAUGAAGUUCACUUUUUUGUUGAGCUCUUACCUUUUGCAAGCCAAUUCUGUAAUUAAACAAAUGAAAUUAAGGAAUUGAAGAACCCCGGUUGGAACCUCGCAGCCAUUCGUCUGAAAACACAGAGAGGAAAAAAAAGCCAAAAGCGAUGGCAAACAGAGCCGUUAAGAACUGCUAGUGUCAGGAAGAAAAUGCUUUAAUGCUCGUUUCUAACCCUCCUCAGGCUUUGUGCCGUAAUUGCGGGGGAAAAAUUUGCAGUUGCAUGAAGCCAGUGCACCUAAUGAAAGGUUUUCAGCUACAAAGUUGUUGUUGAGUGAAAAAGACGCUGUCUGAAGUGAGAGUUAGAAGUGUAUCAUACCUCUGAGGAAAAACCUUUAUUCUUUCAAAACGUCGCCAUUUAGGCAGAAGCAGGGUGAAAAGGCUUUAAACCUGACAUUCUUUAAUGGUAGGCUUUUUAUUUGUCUUCAUUCUUUAUCUGAAAAUAUUCAAACAUAUAAAGAGCAUUUGCCUUCAGUUGCCCGCCUGUACUGCAGCCAUAUUAACUGUCAGCUGCUGCUCAGGUUGAAUAGGUUUGAAGUGUCACUCUUAUUAGACUCGAUUGUAUGUGACGUUCAAGUGUGUGUGGGCUGAAACCACUUUAGAGAGCGCCCGGCAGGAUCCUUAGAGGACAUUACCUCUGGACCUGCGUUCAGUGCCAGAUUAGCUCUCUCUUUAUUAACGUCCUCGAGGCCUCUUACUCGUAAUUGAAUAUUGACCUUGUUGCAUCAUUGCUCGGUCGCUAUCAGAUGUACCUUUUUUUUUUAGGCAGGAGGGAGGUCAUUGUGUUGGUUGCAACAAUACUGUAGUGUGUGCAAUCUUUUUUUAUGUCUAAGGGGAAUCGAUAUGAGCAGGGCAUCAUGUAUCUAUAACACUAAAACUCUUAUUGUCUCUAUAAUCAAGGCACUGAGGAGUGUUGUAGUAAUUUUGAAAACAUUCUGGUCAAAACAAAAUACUCAUUGUUAAAAAAUAUACGCACCAAUGUGACACAGACCAUAAAAUUGACAGGGUUCUUACAAAAGUAUGGAAAUACAUUUGAUCAAUUUCCAAGUCUUAAAAAGUAUCGAAAAUGAAAAAUAGAGUAUGGAAAAAUAUUUUUGUUUCCAGACUAUUACCAUACUGUUUUCUUCAAUAGAAAAGUAGGUAUUUCCAAAAAUAAUUCUAAAAAGUAGCGUAUGGAAAAGUGUGGAAAUUCCAACUGUGUAGGAGCCCUGAAAUUGAGUGGAAACUUGCUCUUCAGGGAUUAUUCUAGCUAUUCUAUUUAUUACUUAUUGAUUAUUCUAGCAAGAUAUGUAUAGAUACUUUCUGUAACCGUCUACUGAUUCUGCAAAUAUAACAAAACAAACUUGUGGAUCUCACUCUGGCAAAUUUGCAGUAAUACUUUUGAUUAAUGUUUAAAAAAAGGUCAAAUGUUUUUAUGCUCAUAGUUAAAUAAUUAAGUUAAAAGCACCAUCACUUUUUCAAUCUUGUUCUAGCUUGGAGUUCUCUUCAGAAAAGGGUAUAAAUUUAAACAUGGUUGCAGGUGCCAGCAAGUCCAAAGUGGGCUGGUUGAACUGACAGGUGAAAUAUCCUAGUCCCUUGUAGGGGGUCUACAGUACAGCCUCCACCAUGUCUUCACCCACUUUUUCUUUUUGUCUCUACCAACCGUCUCCUUCUCAGAAUAAAUACACAGAAUAAAGUUCCUCAAAAUAAUCCUCAAAUAAAAUGUUGAUGUUGGUUUUAAAAAGUCUCCAGACAGUCAACUUGAAGUGUCAAAGAUGAGUUUGGCCACGUCUGCCUUAAAGCAAACCACUUCCCAUUUCAAAGUGUCUUGCAAAAAUUUGAGGCCUCACCAGUCAUCACAGCAUCUUAGACUUAGGCAGACUUUGACUGGGAGAUGAUGGCCAGCCCUUCAAGUUGCCAAAAAUCCCAUACAAUCAGUUAAAGUUGUCGAAAUAAACAAAAGCAUGAUACUUUUUAAUACCAUAUGUUGUUAAACAACACCAACAAUGUUAUUUAAACAUAUGAUAGUAUUGAAAAGUACUAACUAGGGCUGUUGCAAUAUACAACUAUUGUCCAUAACCAUCCUUUAAAAAAAAGGAAGUACUGAUGUCAUGCUAGGAUUACGCAUGUGGUUAUAUGGAGAGUAAAUAGUUCAAUAGUUUAAGUCCUUUAAAAAAAAGUAAAUUCAAAGAAGAAGAACAAGCGGAUAGCAAACUAGUGGUAGCUUCCUCUCAGAGUGGAUUAAAUGUUUAGAAUCCAGAAGUAGUAUUAGAGCUUGUGCCUCUUUAGGGUUAUUAAUCCAUCAAAUGUUGUUCUUUCUGUCUUCAUACAAUCCCAUAAAUCACAAUCCACUGGAAGCAGCAGAUAUUUCAAAGUAAAAAGCAAUUUUUUUUACAAUUCAGGAAAGAAAGUAACAUGAAAAAUACAAUCAUAGGAACAUUCAAUGGCCAUGACAAUCAUAAGGGAAAUAUCUUAUACUGAGACAGAAAAGUGUGAUCAUAAAAACUAGUUCAAAACCAUUAAAAUCUUGAAUAACUUAUGUUCCAAUAUAUUUUGUUGCAAACAUUCCGACUAGAAACGACACAACCUCCCUGACGCCUGGUUCACACAGGAAGCGCCGCGCGCGGAACGGAAGCGCCGCGCGCGCGCAGCGCCGGCUCGCGCUUGGCUGUUCACACAGGAAGCGCUUUCUGCUGCGCUCUGACAUGCCGGUCAGACAUCGACUGAGCCCGGUAGUGCUCGGCCGUUUCCGUCUGCCCUCAGUUUUCCACACUUACGAGCGCUUUAAAAAUGGGUAAAUCACUAUUUAUUUACGUUUUUAUUUCGUCAUACAUGAAUUAAAUAUUGACAGCAUCUUCAAGUAUUGUUUUAAAUUAUUAUAUAGGGGUAAACGACGAAUAAAUUGGGGAGUCUGUUGACUCCGUUGUAUGUAUAGCCUUGUUAGCUCGAGGCUAUUGACUGUAUCGUAAUAAAGUCCCCCCCCCUUUGUCUCAAUAACAUCACUGAAUCCCUGCAGCUCUCCCUCCGUGUGUGUGUGUGUGUGUGUGUGUUCAUCGGUAAAAAAAAAAUAGACCGACAAGCAACACUGUCAAUCUUUUUCUAAUUUAUUGAAAUUUACUUUAUUUUGAAAAUUGACCGGAUUCUCUCGCAUCUCCUUCCUGACUUCCUGUCUGGUCCGAUCUGCUCUGUUGAGCUUUACAUCGGCGCGCGCGGCUCGCGCCAAAAAUAGAGAGAAGUGGAGCAGCCGCGCUCCAGAGCGCGAGCCGUUCCGCGCGCGUGCUGUGUGAACAGUCUCAUAGGUUAACAUGGGCGCCGAUCUGAAACUCUGUGCGCGGCGCUUCCGUUCCGCGCGCGGCGCUUCCAGUGUGAACCAGACGUAAGAAGCAGGAACAGCACAGCUGAGUGGACCAUGAAGCUGCUGGUAUUCGCCUCACUCUCCCACUGUGGUGACAAUGAAGUGCCAUCUGAACACACCAGGCACCCACACAGCACACAGACACACAACUUCAGCUGUGCUAUACACAGUCACAGUGAGAGAGUCAGAGCCCUUUCUGUUUGUGCAUACAUCUGCCGCCCUGCCCGACAGUAACAUGUUGUUGUAGCUAACACUUAGCUAUGUGGGACUUCUAGAAAUAGACGUCAAAGCUCUUCAUAAAGGUUGAGUUUUAGGUGUGUCUGUCAUAGAGCGAUGAAAAGAGCUAGAGGAGUUACAGUCUGUUAUCACUUUUAUCAAACAAGGAAGAAAGAGCCGGUGUGUCUGCUUGUUUUGCUGCCACAGAUCAAGAGUUAGCCAUUUCAUUAUUGAUUUUCACCUUUGCGUAAAAGAGCCAAGAUGUCAUCUUUUGGCUGACUGUACUUUUUAAUUAUUUACACCAGUUGAGAGCUUUUGCUUGCUUUGUCUCCCUCUCUCAAUCUUUCUUUAUCGCUCAUGCUUAUUUUCUUUGUCAGGGCUUUCUCAUAGGGAUAUUUUAGUGAUCCAAAUAAUCCAAAAAUGCAUAUAAAGCAAUAGAAAACUUCAAGUGUUACUGUGUCUUAAUAGCAAGAUUCAAAACACAGAUGCUUACAAGUGCAAAUAAUGUUGGAACAGCAACAUUUAUGGAGCAAAAUGUGUUUUUUAUGUGUGUGCUUUUGCAAAUUGACCACUGUAUCUAGAUAACGACUAAUCUGCUUCAGCUUUAUAGGACUGGCAAAUGCUUGUUCAACUUUGUCCUCACUUCCUGGUGUGCUCAUCCUCUAUUGUUUGUCUCAGUAAUGGCAGGGAGUGCGCUCUGUGUGGUCCAAAGAGCACUCCAAGUAACUUUUAAAAUGUAUGUAGGUCUCGCUCUUAUCGAGCUCACUGACUGUCACCAGUGGGCAGUUUGAGGGGUCAGUGGUUAGCAUGGUCUCCACGUGUAAGUCUCUGAAGUCAGCAGGAAGGAGGUACGAUGUUUGCAUGAUCACACCCAGACCUCUGCAACUUCCUCUUUCUACCCACAGACUCCUCCAUCUGAACUGAAACUCUGAAUACUCAGGGGUGUGAAUCUGAAUGUGUUUAAAGACAUGGAAGACAAACCCGACUUCAACGCAACAAACAGUGUAAAAGAAGAAUGAAUUGUAUACGGAGGGUUGUAACACUGCCACCGAAUGUUUAGCAGUAUCAGGCUUUAAAGUUUCUGCUUUUAGUGAUCUAUUUAGCUGCUGUCCAUGGACUAAAUCUGACACUUAAAUAAUCUCAGCUGGCCUGUUAGAAAUGAACACAAACAUAGAAUUGAAAAGCUUUUAUGUAACAGGCUAUCAAUGUGCUAUCAGUCCUUUUAGGAUGGACUGGAAUCAAAGUUGACAUUCUUUUUGGAAACCAAGAUUCAUGAUUGGUUUAUUUGUCAUAUGCAGGUUAAACAAGGUCAACAAUGCAAUGAAAUGCCCUGGAUGAGGGGACUGCUCGACCCAAAGGAGUACAGAUAAAACACGCAAUAAGUACUGAGAAGGAUACAAUAAAAUAAGGAUACAAAAAUAAAGAAGUAUAAAAGAAAAUAUUUACAAAGUGUACAAGCAAUGCAGUAGGUGCUGAGUGUAAAUGUACGCAAAGGAGGAUAAGUCAAUGGGAAAAAUGGGGUAUGAAUUGCUGUAUUGCACAUGAUAUUGCACGUCACAGAUAAUAUUGCACAUUAAGUAGAUUAUUGCACAGAGUAUUGUCCGGUGAUACUGUCAGGAAUGAUGAACCAUGGACAGUGUGUCCUCUGCUCUAAAGAAGAGGGACCACAUCGCUUGUUGGUCCCUGUCCUACAUCUCUGAUGGUAUGGGAAUGCAGGGGCACAAGUGUCGGUAAACAUACUCUUAUCCCAACAGUUUGCAUCAAGAUUUUUCAGUUAUUUUGGAAAUAUUCUUCAUCAAGUUUAGGCUUUAAAUGAUCAGCAAACCAUCCAAUCAUGUUUUAUCAACAUGUCACAAAGAGAACAAGUUGUUUGAAAUUGAUGUUGUGGGUUUAAUGCAACAUGGCAAUUUAUUGAAAUAACAGUCACUUCCCUUUUCUGGUUAAAAUAGACACUCAACGGCAAAAUUCUCAGUUAAAGUAGGACCGUGGCCUUUGCACUAAACCCCAGAGCCUGUGGGUCUGUGUGGUCUCAGAAUAGUUUAUAAAAGGGGAAAUUAGAUCCACUAAUGUGACAGGACUAGUCGCCUAGAAACAACGCACAAUCUUUGAUAUUAGAUGAAUAAAGCUUUGCCUUCAGGAUGUAUUUAUGUUUGUUUUAACUUCAUGUAACCUUGUCUUCAGGAGUAAAGUGUCUAUUGGUACAACUUUUCAAACAAAAUAUUGAUGCUUGGCAGGAUACAUCCCUGAAUUAUCCAUGUUUUGUUUGUGUAUACUUCAUGGGGGGAAUAUGUAUGUCACCCCUCUGCAAGAUGAGAAGAUCUUAUAGUGAAGUCUGCAGAAAUCAGGGCUGCAGAAAAGUUCAGAAGUCCUCAUUUGACUUUGACUUCCAGAAGAUGGAGGUAGAAAGCGGUUGCUUUUUCUGCACUGCUGAGCCGAUGCUAACUCCUACCUGUUUCCCGCCUCCCCCAGGUGGUUCUUCGGGAAGAUUCCUCGGGCCAAAGCAGAGGAGAUGCUCAACAAACAGAGGCACGAUGGAGCCUUCCUCAUCAGAGAGAGCGAGAGUGCACCAGGAGACUUCUCCCUCUCUGUGAAGUAAGCAGCAGCAGAAGCAGCAUCAGCACACGGAGCGAAGCAUGAUUCACACUCACACUGUACUCUAUAAAUACAGUUUAACAUUAUCCUCAUAUCAGCGCACAGCUCCCCCUCAACUGAUCAGGUUCAGAAGUUUCCAUAGCCGGUUUAUCUGAGUCAUCAGCGCUGCCUCUUCCUUAUUCCUGUGGAGCCUCACUGCUGCCCUCUGGGGUUUCCAUACUGUAAUUGUUAUUUGUGGUGUUUGGACACGAGCUCUUUUUGUACUUCCUGUUUUAGCUGACACGCACAAGACUCAUUCAUUUCCUCUUCUGUGACUCGCCCAUUUCAGACUUAUCCAAAAGUCUCAUCAGAUAACACAGAGCACUUUACAUGUAAAGUGGAUGAUCGGACACAGAUCUUAAUUACUGUCUGGAUUAUCCUGGUUCCACUCAGUCAAAUGAACCGGUCGUGUCAGCGACAGACUGACUAACACUGAGCAGUCUGCCACAGUCACGCCUUCUAGAUUUGAUAAGAGGGGUUAUUGUCUGAGUAUUUAGUUGUUAUAAUCUGCCUACCAAAUACCACAAGUGUAUUUUGUUAACUUCCUCUGUAGAUCCCCUCCUCACACUUUUUCUCUCUUUACCCCUGCCAAGGUUUGGAAAUGAUGUCCAGCAUUUCAAGGUUCUUCGUGACGGAGCUGGAAAGUAUUUCUUAUGGGUGGUGAAGUUUAACUCCCUCAACGAGCUCGUGGACUACCACCGCUCCACCUCAGUCUCUCGCAAUCAGCAAAUCUUCCUGCGAGACAUAGAGCAGGUCCCCCAGGUAAGAGAAAAGUCAUGCAGAGAUUCAGGCCCUAAAACUAAAUCAGAAAAGUGUCUCAGUACAAUAAUAUGUGUUAUAAACCACAGUUUAAUCUCAAGACACAAUCAGACACAAACAUGUUCAUAUAGACCUCUAAAAUACAGAUGGAUUUCAACAAAUUUAACAUUUUUUAAAAUUUUGUCAUGAUUUAUUUCAAGAGGAAACAUUCACGUAAUCUGCAUCUAUUGUGAAGAAUCCAGUAUCUCAGAUUCAUAGACAUUUUUAUCAUGAACACUCAGAAAAACAGGAUAUAAAAUAUAGAAAUGUCUAACUUCUGAAAAGUCUGUUCAUUUAUACACACAAUACUUGGUCGGAGCUCAUUUACCUUCAAUCACUACAUCAAACAGCCUUUAGCGCUCUUCAGGAACCCCAUGUUGCUCUCAUAGCUACCCACAGCUAGCCUUCAUUUUCGACUCGGGCUUUCAUGUUCUCCUGUUGACGAUAACCCACAGUUUCCUGAAGGGUUCAGGUCAGUUCAUCUGGCUGUCCAAUCAAGCACAGUUAUAACAUCGCAGGCUAACCAUUAGUAAGGGUUUUGACGGAGUGGGCAGGUGCUAAAUUCAACUGGAAAGAAAAUCUGUAUCUCCAUAAAGGCUAUCUUAACUUGAUUAUGUUUGUGUGCACUGAUCUGAACUAAGAGAUACAGAAUUAGGGCUGCACCUAACGAUUAUUUUCUUAUCGAUUAAUCUAACAAUCAUUUUUUCGAUUAGUCGAUUAAUCUAUUGACUAAUUUAUCGAUUAUUCUACCAAUUAUUUUUUAUUUACCUAUUAAUAUAACUAUGAAUUUAACCAAAAUAGCCAGUACAAACUUGUCCUGUUAGUAUUUAAUUCAAUGAUUUAGUCAAGAAUCUCUUGAAAUCAAACAAAACAGAAUAUUUAGGUUAUAAAAUCCGGGAGAUUUUUGCUGCACGCGCCAGGCAGUUUUGGGGUUACCUUGUAUGGUGGAUAUGGGCUCAUUAUGAGAUUAUUUGUGAUUAAAUUGCUCAUCUGAAUAAGUAUAAGUGAAGCUGCACACUUUUUGUUUUGUUCUAACAAUAAGAAAUGGUAUUAAAAAAAUAAUAGCUACGAUAAGCCUUGAACUUCUUUAGUCCACUAAUAUUAGUGUUAAAGUCCUAGUAUGUUUUACAUGCUCUCCUGUAUGAGGCUCUCUGAACAUCUGUGCGUGUAAUACAGCGCUCUUAAAUCUGAGGCUGCCCUGAACGCAUCACUUCGAGACACUGAAAGACCAUCAACAUAAAUAUUAUAUGUCACGUUUGUAGUGCUGGGCGAUAGGACGAUACAUAUCGUGGGCACGAUAGAAAAUGUCUAUCGUGCCAUUUUUAUUUUUAUCGUUUCGGGCGAUAGGCUGUAUUUUAUCCAUAGGGCUUGUGCCAUCAGAUGAUUCAUAGUAACAACAACAAUAAUUGCACAUUCAGUAAGUGUAUUUGGUGUCAAACGGGAAAGAAAACAAUAUUUUCUUACAAAGAAAAGGAUGCGUUGACAUGUAGGCUUGCAUUUCUCUUUCGAUUUUGCGACAUGACGCCGCUUUACGUUACGUGCAUUUUCGACUCGGGCUUUCAUGUUCUCCUGUUGACGAUAACCCACAGUUUCCUGAAGGGUUCAGGUCAGUUCAUCUGGCUGUCCAAUCAAGCACAGUUAUAACAUCGCAGGCUAACCAUUAGUAAGGGUUUUGACGGAGUGGGCAGGUGCUAAAUUCAACUGGAAAGAAAAUCUGUAUCUCCAUAAAGGCUAUCUUAACUUGAUUAUGUUUGUGUGCACUGAUCUGAACUAAGAGAUACAGAAUUAGGGCUGCACCUAACGAUUAUUUUCUUAUCGAUUAAUCUAACAAUUAUUUUUUCGAUUAAUCUAUUGACUAAUUUAUCGAUUAUUCUACCGAUUAUUUUUUAUUGACCUAUUAAUAUAACAAUGAAUUUAACCAAAAUAGCCAGUACAAACUUGUCCUGUUAGUAUUUAAUUCAAUGAUUUAGUCAAGAAUCUCUUGAAAUCAAACAAAACAGAAUAUUUAGGUUAUAAAAUCCGGGAGAUUUUUGCUGCACGCGCCAGGCAGUUUUGGGGUUACCUUGUAUGGUGGAUAUGGGCUCAUUAUGAGAUUAUUUGUGAUUAAAUUGCUCAUCUGAAUAAGUAUAAGUGAAGCUGCACACUUUUUGUUUUGUUCUAACAAUAAGAAAUGGUAUUAAAAAAAUAAUAGCUACGAUAAGCCUUGAACUUCUUUAGUCCACUAAUAUUAGUGUUAAAGUCCUAGUAUGUUUUACAUGCUCUCCUGUAUGAGGCUCUCUGAACAUCUGUGCGUGUAAUACAGCGCUCUUAAAUCUGAGGCUGCCCUGAACGCAUCACUUCGAGACACUGAAAGACCAUCAACAUAAAUAUUAUAUGUCACGUUUGUAGUGCUGGGCGAUAGGACGAUACAUAUCGUGGGCACGAUAGAAAAUGUCUAUCGUGCCAUUUUUAUUUUUAUCGUUUCGGGCGAUAGGCUGUAUUUUAUCCAUAGGGCUUGUGCCAUCAGAUGAUUCAUAGUAACAACAACAAUAAUUGCACAUUCAGUAAGUGUAUUUGGUGUCAAACGGGAAAGAAAACAAUAUUUUCUUACAAAGAAAAGGAUGCGUUGACAUGUAGGCUUGCAUUUCUCGAUUUGUCAGAUUUUGCGACAUGACGCCGCUUUACGUGCCCUCUUCGUGUCCAGCGUCUCCCGCCGUUGCGGGUUACCUGGGUUACACACGUGAGGGGAUCAUCGUAAGCAGUGCUUAAUUUGUGCCGGAGCAAGUCGGAGCGCGAUCCGGGACCUCUUUUGAUCGGAUCCGGGACCUAUUUCAGCCGCUCCGGCACCUGUUUCAUCUGCUCCGGGACCUUCCCUGUAGAGGAUGACAUUUUUCGGGAAUUCCCGUGGGUCACGUGAUUCCCGCGGGAAUCCCACGGGAUGGGAGUCAUUUUUAAUUAAUCCCUUGAUCGGGACGGGGAAAAAGGCAACGGGAGUGGGCAGGAGCGGGAACAACAUUAAAAGAUGAUCAUUUUCAGCCGUGUUAAACAACCAGAUGAACAGGUGCGUCCAUUUUUGUAGUCAUCUCUCAGUGAGAGCCAACACUCUUGACCGCGCUAGCAACACAAAAGAACUACAACAGUGGUUUGACUUCCUGUCAGCUGGGAGCGCGGCUGCGCAUUUCUACCCGUCAAGCCAGCAGCGAGGAAACGUAAUUUUGUGACAUUCUGUAGUUUUUCAAUCAUUUCUGGAGUCGUGGCGAAUCAAAUCACCUUACCUGUCUGCCCCUGAUAGGCGAAUAAAGCGCUCGGAUUCAUGCUCGGGUCUUCCUACGUGCUUCAAGAGUAAAGUAAACAAUGAUGGAGGCAGAGAGCAGCUUUGGAGGAGAAACAUCUAGCAGUGUGAACAACCUCUUCAAAAGAGCCCUAAAGACCUACCUUUUUAAUAAAGCCUUUGGUUAACUUUCCUCUAUGCUUUUACUACCUUGCCUCUUUCAUUGCAACUCUAUAUUUUUUAUUUUUUUUUAAUUCUUUUUUUAUGCCAAUCUGUGACUGUCAUUCUAUUGCUUUUUUAUUGUUGCUGCUCUUUUUUUACUGUGUACUGUAGCACUUUUAGAUUUUUUGUAAAUGUAAAGUGCAUUACAAAUUAAAUUUAUUAUUAUUAUUAUUAUUAUUAUUAUUAUUAUUAUUAUUAUUAUUAUUAUGGAGUGCUUUGGCUCACACUAUCGGCGUUUUCUGUGAGUGUUGCAUAACUUUGGGUGAGCACAGACAUGAAUGCACUUCGGCCACGUAUUUAUUUAUUCAUUUUUCUAGUUUUAAGUGCUGGUCUUGUACUGGUACUGUACUAGUGCAGCUGUAUACACUUAAAUUUUUCAUAGAACUGAAAGCAUACCGUAGCUAUAUCGUGAUAUAUAUCGUUAUCGUGAUAUAAAAUGAUCCAUAUCGUGAUAUACAUUUUUUUCCAUAUCGCCCAGCACUACACGUUUGUUGUAAAAUGAACCCUUCAAUGAAAGGGAAACAAACACGGGACAAUCUUCAGUUGUCAAGAAACCUGGAAAGGUUGGACAAAUAUAGUUCCCCGGGAGGAAUGACAAUACAUGAGGUGGGUGGGAGAUAGGUCUGAAAUACGGUAGAGUCCCGAGAAAAACAAGAGUGUUGGGAGGUAUGGUAUCAGUAUACAUAUGAGCUUGCGAUCGCUGAGUAUUGGCGAGCUGUCGUCGGCAAUCACACAGCUGAUUAAUUAGCGAGUUAUCGGACCCGAAGUAGCCAUUGUCUACGUCAUCAUGCGACAAAUUUUUGUAGUUGAUUACGUCAACGAAUCGCCCCAGCCCUAGUUAGAAUAGUAAGUUGCUCAAACUUCAAAUGAAACGUUCUAUACUUUUGGCCAAUUUUAACAAAAUCCAACUAGAAAACUGCUUGAAGCAUUUUGGUUUUAAUGCAUCAAGUCUAUGAUAUGUCGAUUGUCUUAAACAUUUAUUUUAUUGAGCUUUUUCAUGAUGUUCUGACUCAGUGAGAUACACUGACAGGUUCAAAGUUGCAGAGCCAGACAGAACUUAUUUGCUUCUAUCAAUACUCGCACGCCAUUUUAUUUGCUAAGAAAAAAAAGGAAGCAUCAAAAAUCUGCCUUUACAUAGUUCAGUGAGCUUGAUAGUUAUGGUUAUGCCAUACAUACAAUAAAGUUUUAAUUAAUGCAAAGGUGCAAAGGAGUGCCUCUUUGUGGGUUGUGGGCUGUGAGAAGGGGAAGGGGGGAGGGUUGAUGUGUGAAAUCUUGUGAACUGUUCUGAGAAGUCAUUUGAAUACACCAAAAUAGUGUUUUAUUUGCACCUCUGCUGUCAUAAUACCCCACUGGAGAACAUGCUCUAAUAAUUUCAGACACCAGUAACAAAUUUGCAGAAGUAGCGAAAUUAUUGAAAUAUUCAGGGGAACAGUGACGCAAAUGCAGAGCAUCACUUUGUCUGGGUGAACGCACUGUGGCGUGAGAUGGUUCAAAGCGCCAGAAGUGUCUUAAAUUUCACACAUGGGACCUGAGACGGUUUUUUCAUCACUGCACGUCAACAUUAUUACCUCAUCUUACAUUUCGGCAACAAAGCACGAGUUAGACCGCGGUAGUUCAACCGUUCAAGUGCAGAGCUUCUACUAUAUGUUAAAAAGUAGGUAACAGACAAAUAUCAGUGACUCAUUGCGAAACGAGACGAUUUCUAAAGAAUUUCUGUGAUAUUUGAGCGAGUCUGGACGUCUGCAGCUGGAGGAAGUGAGUGAGAGUGACGCUGGUAGCCGGCAGGUCUAAAGGACAGCUGCAGGGAAAGAAGAGGUCAAAUUUAAGCAGAACCAUCCAGAAAAGAAAGAGAUGAGGAGAGGUUUCAGGUAAGACAGCUAGAGGGUAAGAGCAAGAUAAAGUAAGAACAAGUCUGUGUCAGAUAGUGAGGGAGGCAGACGGAGUUAGCUGUUGGCCCAAUCUCUGCCUCAGAUUGUCUCCUACAUAGUAUUACUUUGGUCAUGUCUUUUACUUGUCCUGUAACCUGUUGCAUCACUUUAAUAAAAUAAAAAGCAGGAUAAAAAGAAAAAGAAAUGAUGCAACUAAAAGGGAAAAGUGAAACCUUUCAGCAACAAGUCAAGACGAAUGCAUUUACAUGAAAUGUGUUGCAAUGAAGCUCAGUUUAAACAAUUUUAUAACACAGUGUAGAGAGCACAUGCAAGAAAAGAGGGACUGGAGGAGCACAAACAUUGACUGCUGCACUUGUCGUUAGUAUGCAUUUGAAAAUCAGGAACUGGAUUUUUUUUAAAUAGUCAACAUGAGAUAAAAUUUCUGAUUCUACAUGCAGGUUUACGCCCACUCAGUCAUUGCACAAAAAACAUCGAGUUUAUCAAACAGACUUUGCUCCUUAUGUGUGCAGAUCCUGCUGUUAUGUUGCUUCAAGAAAAAAAAAACAUUAGUUUACCUUUUUUUUUAAUGCACUUGUAGGGCUGGGUGAUACAGGAAAAUUUUAUCACGACAUAUUUUUUUCAUAUCAGUCGAUAUUGAUAUAUUUUGGCUUCAAAUCCAUAUACAGGCGGUAGGGGGAACCAAGUUGUCCAUAGUAUAUACAGUCUAUGGCUCUAAUUCAGCACAAUUGUUUCAUGUGGACCAAUCAUUGGCUAUUUCUAUAGUCCACCAAAACAUGGCAGAAUGUCAGCUUUUGAAAAGUGUAUUGACCAGGCUUCAUAUCAAUUUUAAGGGAAAUUAAUUUUUGAUAUAUAUCAUUAUCGUUUUAUCACCCAGCCCUAUGCACUUGUCAUCUAUUCUUCAUACUAUGACAUUUCUUUGAACUGAAAGGAAAAUGUAAUAAAUAAUUUAUGAAAAUUCAAACCCUCCUAUCAAACCACCCCUCAUCCCUCAGUUGUGGGAUGUGUCAUGGCGUGGAUGAAUUCGUUGAUUCAGCGUUUUUCUUCUGUCAUAAUCCCGUGACAGUUUUGCUAACCAGUCCUCUCCUUCUGUUUGCACAGCAUCCCACAUAUGUGCAGGCGCUCUUUGACUUUGACCCGCAGGAGGAAGGAGAGCUGGGUUUCCGACGCGGCGACUUCAUCCAAGUUUUGGACAACUCUGACCCCAACUGGUGGAAAGGAGGCUGCCACGGCCAAACGGGCAUGUUCCCCCGCAACUACGUCACGCCUGUCAAUCGGAACAUGUAAACAGUCAGACCAUUUAAACAGCAACAACAACCACCACCACCACAACAGCAACCAUCACCACCACCACCGCCAUUAUCAUCAUCCUUCUUGAUCCCAUCAGCCCUCAUCCAACCCGCCCCCCUUAAAAAAAACAAAAAAAAAAAAAACAACCCCUCCACCCCCUCUACGCCAUCCCACGAUAACAGGAGCAGACAGGAAGAAGGCAAACAACCGAAAGAGAGAGAUAAAGCAGGAGUAGUGCUGUCGUAGGCGUCGCUGUGUGGGUGGCAGCUGAGCAAAAUCAACUUUAACUUGUGCUGAGGAUGUUCACCUCCCCAGUGAACGCCUCGGUGAGGAUCGAACUGUCUUUGAGGGAAAUCUAAAUGCAGAGAAACUAAAGAGUAGUGCACCAACCGUGAAGAUAACCAAAUGAUUCUACCGCUCCCACAGCUGCUUCUGUCUUCUCCUAAACUUCUUAACAUUCUGCCUUUCUUUUGUGUUUUUUUUUUUUCUUCUUUCUUUGCCGCAUGUUGUUUUAAUCACCUAAAUGAAAUGCCUACCGAUAAAUCCUAACUCUGUUUUAAAGAAAAAAAAAGUCAAAAAUCAUAAAAAAGAAGAAAUGGUUUUAAAAAAUGUACAAAAAAAAGAAGAGAGAGAAAAAAUGAUGCAAUCUUCUGAAAAGCAAGUUUCCAUGUUUAAGAUCAUUGGCACGUGAGCAGUGUACAUCAGCCAUUGGCUGUAUAAAUAAAUCAACUAUAGAGAGAAUCCAUUUUUAAGAAUAUAUAUUAUAUAUUUGUAUGUGUUUGUCUGUUUUACCUCUCAUCACAAAUUGUAUUUUUUUCCAUUUGUAAAUUAUGUUCAAUCUUUUGUUAGUCUGGAUAAGACCUAGUAGCUCUAGAAUGUGCUGAAUUGUCAGUCAAGUUAUUUUUCUUCUUCUGAGUCUAUCUGAGGGCUCUCAGAUAAAAAAAACAGCAUGAAAUUUAAGGGGUCAUAAGUUCCAUUCGAAGAGGUUUCUCUUGUUUGUAAUGCAAGGAAAGUGGUUAGUUCUCUAAAGGUGUCAAGAAGCUAACGUUGACCAGCAAGUAGAGCCAUGAAUGCUGCAAGAGCUGUUGUAUUACAAAGCCCUGUAUAAAGGUCAGCCACCUUUUCAAAGCCAAUGUAUUUAUUGCAGCCAUUUUACUUGGGCAGUGAAUGUAGCUGACUGAGUCCACAGAUAUUAACAUGAGGGAAGCAAGGUCGGAGAACUGAACUACACAACCAUGCAAGGGAUUAAAAAAAACUAAGACAUGCUGAAAAAAGUAGUGUUGUCAAUAGUCAUUUUUAAAGAGAAUGGUGUGAGAGGAUGUGUACAGGUAGUUAACAUGCAUAUUCACAAACAGUCAUUACAUGCAUGCAUUCGCAGACGCUCUCCUCCUUGUUAUACCUGCACGUAGCAAAGAGGCUGAGUUUGGAUAAUCACAUUGUGUAAUCACCGGUGCAGAUCUGCAGCUGGCACAGAUUAACAGUUCAGAAAACUGAGAGAUUGUCUUUUAUGCUAAAAGUCGAGAGAUCAGCGUUAACGAUGUAAAAGUUUUUUUUCCUUUCGUUUGUGUCCAACGUGGCGUGUGGUCAAGCACUUUUUUUGUCAAACAUUAUGAUUUCUGGUCCAGUCACUCAGUGUGCGUGUGUUUGUUUACCGUGUUUGUGUAUUUUUUUUUCUUUCGGUUUCUGUUUUCUUGUUCUCUCUGGAUAGUGCCUUUCUCUCUGGUGUUUCAGUGUCUCCGACCUGCUACUUUGAGCCCCCCUCCCUUUCUAGGGGCCUGCCAGUCCUGCAGUGAGAAACAGUGUACAUAAUCCUACCUGUCCCAUCCAACAAUGCCGCCUCCCCAUCCCCAGCCUCCCUACAUCAACCCGCCUUCACCUUUCUCCUCACCAACAUGGAACUUUUCUUAUUUAAGUGUCUCUUGCCUUGUCUUACCUAAUGAUACUGUUUUGUUUUUGCUCUUUUUUAUUUGCAUUUGUUUUUUUGUUUUUUCAAUUAAUAAAAUGCAAUUAUUAAAAAAUGAGAAA